CAGCCACAUCCCAAAUGACAAGUCAACAGCCAUUGCAAAGAGCUUUGUAGGGGCGCAGCCUGCAUUGUAUUGGCUCUUACACAGGAGUGCAAAACAAAAAAAAGAGGCAAAACCUGCCUUCCCCUCCCCUUCCCCCAACCUGGGUCCUCCUGUAGAGUGUGUGCAGGUCCCCAGGGUGUCUUGUUCCAUAUCUAUAGGUGGAGGUGAUUCAAGGUGUAGGGUGUUGUCUUUUUUUGGGGGUAUCUUUAUUUUCACUUUGGGGGUAAGGUGAAAGAUUUAUAUAUUUUUGUUUUGGUUCAUUUUUUUGUGUGUGUGUGUGUACAGAGAGAUUUACCCAAAUUUAUUUAUUUUUUUUUAAAAAAGAAGAGGAAAAAAAAAAAACUUAAAAAAAAAAAAAGACUAAAACAAAUUCACAAUGACUGCGGCUUCCCCGGAUUACCUGGUGAUUUUGUUCACUACCACUGCGGGUGCUAAUGGCAGUAAAUUGGGCUCUGAUGAGAAGGAAGUGAUCCAGCUGUUGUGGAAAGUCAUUGAUCUGGCCAGCAAAAAGGUGAGUAGUAAUAAUAAUUCAAAUUAUAUGAUUUGUGGGUGGGGUGUGGAAAUAUCGGCUUACUAAAAUAUCAAGACAUUAAAAAUGAAACUAUAGCUAACUAUAUCUUUCACAUCCAGAAGCUUCCAUUAGUUCCACCAUAUUAUAGACAAUACAUAUACUACCCCUUUAAAUAAGUGUUUUUAAGUAAUACACCACGCAGGGCAACCUGUAUUUCAAUACAACCUUGCAGUGAUUCUAGUAAAUGUAUCAAGGAUUUACAUUCUAUAUCCUUUAUACUGAUUUAAAUGUAAACUAUAAUUCACCCUAGCAGGUCACACUGACCUUUUUUUAAACGUUCUGAGCGUUUGGAACCCUGUUGAACCCCGCUACAGACUGCGUUGGUGUAUUAUGGAAACCAGCGAAGGUUACUAAUGAGGAAAUCUGUGCAUGUUGGGCCUGCACUGGCGAUUGGUAAUAGGAAAUGCACAUUGUUUGAUUAUAGUUCACUGUCUGGAUCGGUGUAAUACAGAGGUAAACUUGUUUCUUCUUGAACUGAUACACACUGGGUUUAAUCUUUUUGUUGCAGGCGGGGGAGUUACAUGAAGUUAAAGUCAGACCUGAUCACUUGGAUCUGACAGAAGAAUGCAAAGAAGCCCAAAUCGAACCAGAAAGUCUAUACACAGCUCCUCAGCUUGAGCAGGCUCUACAGCAGGUGAGAGAGCUCUCUUCUUCCCCAGGACUACAAGGAAAACGUGGAAGGCAAAUGACUUGUUUAGGGAUCUGGCUGUUUCAGUUGCAUUGUGAAGUGUAUCCAUAAAAUUGUGUUGUUUGCUGCUGUUGUUGUGGUUGUUUUGUUUGAGAAUUCAAAGUGAAUUUAAUAUUGUAGGCCAAAGUUGCUGUUUUUACAAAAAUAAAAUAAAAAAUGAAUAAAUUUGUAACUAAGCUAUGGUUAUAUUUUGGCCUCCAACUGGAAAUUCACAUGGAGAGUCUGACAAUUCACACUAUAGUAAAUAAUCCUGCAUGUACCUGCUUGGGACUUGCACUUAGUCUAAUAAAUGCUAUGUGCUUAACCUGUUAGAGAGACAGUCCAUCAGCAUUAAAUCUGACCAGUUUGUCUAGUACUGAGAGAGCUUGGACCUUGUUUAUUGAGUAACUUGUGCUUAUAGGAAACUGCUGGGUGGGCUGGCCAAAGUGGUCUAAAUGAAGGGUGGCCAAAUGCAAAAUAUCUAGCUGAAUGACAGCUGCUUUGUGGACAGCAACACAUUGGGAAGUUGUAAAUAGUUUUAUUUGGGCACUACCCCUAACUCUCAAUCCCACAUAUUAAACUCUUAAAGACACAGCUUCACAAAAAGGCCACCAUGAGGGAAAAUGUCUGCCACGUGUCCUUAAGGGGUUAAUAGAAAUUUAUUUUAAUUUAUACUAGAUUGCAGUUUGCACUGGAAGCCAUUUUGACACUCACCCCACCUAAUGUGGGUGUGUGUGUGUACACUCUUGCUAUAAACAACCUGUUCUGUAUAGUGCAUUAAUGGCCACCUUUUCGUACUAGAUAUAAUAUCCACAGGUUACACCUCAGGGAAUGUAGUCAAACAUUGCUCUGUUUUCAAAGGCAUGCCAUUAUAGUUUUAUUGGUUGAUAACAUAUAGACCAUUAGAUUGCUUUUAUAACAGUUAAACAUGACUUUUCCUGUUUUUUGGGUGACAUUUUGGAAUGCUGUUACUCUGGUAAAUUGCAAAGCUCCUUUUUGCCUCACACAGUAUUGUCUGUUUGCCAAUCCUUAUUCACAGCAGGUUCUACAACUUGCUUACCCCUCCCAGCCUGUCAUGUAGACACACCUCACCCAACCCAGCCAAUUAUUUAAAUCUGCUAGGAUAUAUGUGCUCUCUGCAUCAAAGUUACACAAUGGGGUUUAUUUAGUGAAUCUGAAAUUGUCUAGCGUUUACCAUGCAAUUGUGACAAAUAAAACCAGUUAGUAUAAGUGGAAGCGUUCUUACUUGGCUAUAUUUACCCCAUUUUGGCUAUAUUGUCUAUUCUGUACAAUCUGUUUGGGGAAUAAAACUCGUUAAAUCUCCCAUUGGUUCAUCAUUUAGAGUUCAGAUUUUUUGCAUAGAAUUCCCAAUUUAAAUUGUAUUGCAAGCUCGGUGAAGAAUCAUGGGAAGUUGAUUACAAUUUACCAAUCAUUUAAGAUGGCAAUGUCUACUUUUUUGCCAUAGUAGUGGCCCACUCUCACUGCUUUAUUUCUUUGUUUUUGUGGGGAGAAAUGAUUUUGAUUGAAAGAAUUUUUUUUUUUUUUGUAAAUGUAAUGUACCACUUGACCAUUUUUAACUGAAAUGUGGUUGUAAUGUUGUUUAUGUAUGCCAUCUAUCCAUCCAUAGCAAAAUUAAGGUUGCCCAGGGUGCCCCGUCCAAGUGCCCUGGGCUGUGUGUGUUUGUGUCUUUGUCUACUUGCUGAAGUUUUUUGGUGGUCCGGUGUGGUAGCUCCAACAUCUUUACCAUUAUCAAGUACAGACCACUUUAAGAAAGCCCUCAAGAUUCCGCCAUUCAAUAAUUCAUAGCGCCUGCUGAGGCGCUUUGUUGUAGAUUUCUUUUUAAUGAAAUGGUUUUUCAUUUAUUUUUGUUUUCUGUAUGACCUCAAAAGUAUAUCAACAUUGGUUACAGAGGGUGGUAUGCGCAGGUACCUCUAAAAGUUAAAUAGUAAGGCGCUCUAAGUUGUUGACAAGCGCCGAAGUGGGCUGUACCUGAUAUUGGAACAAACCACAUUGCUCAAUCAAGGAAGUUAAGGAGUGCAUUGCAGUUUAGAGAUUUUGAUCUCCCUACUUGCUUGUGGAGGGCCGACUCAGAGCUAGAGCUCCAAUGCCCAGAUAACCCCUUCCUGGGCUCUAGGCGGCCAUCUAGAUUGCCUAAUUGUGUGUUUGUGUGUGUGUGUUACUGUCGGUCCAUAAAGCACACCUUUCAAAUACUUUAGACCCACAGCGACCAUUGCCUAAACAGGUGGCUUGGGCUGAACAAGUACAGCUGUGGUGUUAUCCACCCAUAAUCCGGUUGCUUGUAAUAAUCACACAAGGGCAGAGUUAUGGGUGGUGCUUUUGUUGGAAGAGUUACAGCUUAUGCUGUCUGACAGCCAGACUGUCUAUAGGUAAAAAGAUUCCAUUCCAACUUCUGUUGCAUUAAAAGAAUUCUAAACCACACACUCCAUGCCGUGACAUCAGUGUUAAAUAAAUGUUUCCUAAGAAACCUUGUAAAGUGUAGUAAUUUCCCUUUUUUUUAAAAAAAAAAUUUAACACACUUUUCAGCACACAAUGUAGCCUAAAAAAAAUCUAAUAUUGUAAUAGCAUUCAUAUAGUCUAUUAAAGAUUUAUUUAGCUAUUGGUAAAAAAUAAUUAACUUUUUUUUUUUUUUUUAAUUCAACAUUUGUUCUGAACACUUAAAGGGUGGUGGUGGUUACAGUGAGCAGCUUACUGGAGAUGUAUGUGUAUAAUACCAGGACAUACUUGAAAACAUGGGAAAUAUCAAUGUAUCGAUCCUGGUAAAAUAUUUUAUAAAUAAUACACACAGAACUGAAAACAUCAGCCAUUGUGGCAUCAAAUUUGAAAACCCUUUGCUUUCACAUGUUAGAGUUUAUUUCAAUUCCAAUAGUAUUAUGUAGUAAUGUUUAAUACACAUGUGUGCUAUUCUGCUGAUGCAAUAUGUCAUAAACUAAACACACAAACACUGUGAUAGUAGCUCUAUUCCUUCUAAGUUUAUAGUCCAGUAGAUUUGAAUGAAAAGAUGUUACUUAUUGUUAAAUGCCUGUUGCGUUUUUUUGUUUUUUUUGUUACAUAUUAGUGGGGAAUGCUAAACUUGUCAUUUGCAUAGGAAUUGUAAAUGUUUGGGGGAAAUGGACUACUUUUCAUAAUUUGGUUUUGGCUAAAAGUUUGCAAUUUCCUGACCAUUUAUCAGUUCAGUUAAUAACCACGUUUAAUUAACUGAUGGCCAAUAGCACAGGAGCAAUCAGCAUCGAGCUCUGGUGGAAAUAUAAUUCUCAUGAUGUUUAGCAAUUUUCCUAAAAGAGCAGGGGGAGGGAGAGGGUGGUGUCUCUGAGCGUCAUAGAGUUGUCGAUGUCAUGCUGUUGACCUACAUGUUUAUUAUCACGGCGCUAUGCAAUAAUUGUACUUUAUACCCUUAAUAUAGACCUUAUGUCAAUAUUUAGCCAUCUUUCCACCAAUGACAAAAAGAUCUGACUAUUAAACUUACAUCUGUAAUUUUAUUCUGACUUCUGCAGGAUGAGUCCAAUACAUGGAUAGAGUCUGCUCUAUAAAAUACAAUGUAAAGUGUCUGGAUACACUUAUAAUUUUUAUUUAAUUACAUUUAUUUUUUUUGCUCUUGACCUUGCGUAUUAAAUAUGAAGCAAAUGCUGUGCUGGUAAUUUUGGAAAUAUAUAAAAAUAAAUAAAAAAAUAAAAAAAUAAAAAAAACACCUAACUUAUACAAGUGUGCAUGUUUAGUUGCUGACUGGCAUUUGCGCUGACAGACAAAAAUAAGUGUUGUGUAGUUUUUUUUGUUUUUUUUUUCAGCUUUUUAGCUUUUUAAAUAUUCCCUGGGGCAGUAGCAAUACUAAUCUUUAUACCUAAUCAGUUCUUUACUGUAACAUUAAUAGGGUGGCCUGUGUUAGUGUAUUGACAUGUCAUUCAAGGCUUUUAAAUGGUGAUUGGAUGUAGGUUUGCGUUGGCACAUGGUUAUCCUUUGGCAUUUACAUAAUUGUGUGACGUUAGAGUCACCGACCUGGCCAACAUCAAAGGUGGGUGGGAAAGUGUUUGAGAACAUCCAUUAAGUUGAAAGACGGGUGUUACCUUGGGCGUUGUCACAUUGCAUAAUUUAAAGAUUAAUUAUUUGAUUGGCUUCAACCUUACUGACGAGUUACUUGACAUAUAGUUAUAAAGCUGCAGAUGUUUGGGGAUAGCAUUACAGUCUGUUCUAGAUCUCAAGUGCAGUCAUUUUGGCUGGUGUGAUAAAUGUAGGUUUUAUGCCCGUCUAUUUAAAAUCAUGUGCCAGGUUAUUCUUGGGCCUCAGGUGUUGGCUGUACUAGUCGCUGCUUGUUUAAUCUGGCACCAAAGACUUUAAGUUCUUUGCCAUGUUUUAACUCGGGCGCUAGGUUAAGUUGUCUGCCUGGGCCAGACUUAAAGGACCACUAAAGUCACCCAGACCACUUCUUCUUAAUAAAAUGUCUUGGAUGUAGAGGUCUUGUAGGUUUAACCUUGUGAUGUAAAACAUACCUCCAUUGGCUGUUCCACUGACAGCCACUCGAUGUGCUUUCAGCUGCAGUGACGGGGUGAGAGUAUCACAUGGCUGCACUUCCCAUAGGAAAACAUUGAUUCAAUGCUUUCUUAUGGGGAAGCUGGAUGCGUGCUCUGCUUGCUGCACAUGCCCCUCAGGUCCCUUCUAUGAAGAGCAUUGGAUUGGAUGGACUCCAGAGGAGGCCAUGUCUCCUCUUUGACUUUAUGGGAGGUAGGUAAGUAGUGCUGAGGGGAAUGUAUUUGUUAAAGUAGACAUACAAGAUACAAUGAAUAUAAGUAAUAAUGUUGGAUUAGGGGUUUUAUGGGCCUGGAUAUCAUAAACAUGACCUUAACUGAACACUGUAGCAUUAUACAUUCUUGGGUUCAAAAUUAUACAGAGUAUUCAAACCAACCAAAAAAAAAAUGUGUAGGACAAGGAUGGACAACAGCCCCCUCUGUUUGGGGGAGGGAGGUGGAGAAAUGUGAUAACAUGAUUCCUUUAAUGCUUUAGUAGCCUUUACACUGGCAAAGCAUUGUUGGAGUAGUGUUUUAUUUUUUUAAUUUUUUUGAUAGCCCACACUGAAAAGAUGUAAUUCAUAGAAACAAAGUUAAAAAACAAAACAGUACCAGACGGACUUCAGAUUUGAGGGUGCCAUCGUUUUCUAAACUAACGUGAAUGCAAAAUGUAAAUGUCGAGAGAAUGGAUGCAAUAUGAUGAAAAGACAGGAGCUGAGUAGAAAAAUGGAAGAUGACCAUGUUUAGACAUAAAGGGGAAGAAAGAGCAACACAUGUCCUUUUCUCUCACCUAACAUUAAUUGUGUGUAAUUUUAGACCAUUAUUUUAUGUAAAGACCACAUCUGGGCAGGUCCACAGAGCUACCAACCCAUAGGUGCUGCUUUUUAGUUUGAGCUUCGAUGUUUUUUAUGAUGCAAAAUAAAGCAGUUGAACACUUUGCAGUGGUACUUAUAAUGAAUGACGUUGCACACCAUAACCACUUCAGUAUAUCUUGGUGCUUUUAUUUCGUCCUUGAAUAAAAACAUCCGUGCUUCAUUUUCUUGCAUUUUUGAAAUUUACCUGUGUGUGUGGUGGUUUUUUUUUUUUUUGCUUAAAGCAUCUAAAGACCUAUACUUGUAUGUUUCACACUUGUUCCUUUUUUUGUUUCUUCUUCUUUUAUCCACUAUUAUAGUUUAACCAAUCAGUAGGAAAUGAAUUGAACAUUGGAGUGGGUACUUCAUUUUGUUUAUGCACCGAUGGGCAACUACACAUCAGACAAGUGCUGCAUCCUGAAGCCUCCAAAAAGGUAAUGACUUUCAUAUUUAUGCAGUAUCCGUGUUUUGAUAGUAAAUUCCAAAAUGUGGUGGUUCCUCCUCAUCGUCUGAUACGUGUGAUGGGUAGAGAGGGUGCUGUGUGCCACAUGCCCUGCCCACUAAUUGCUUGAUGUUGUGGGACUUAUUUUUUUUUAUUGAUGCUAUUAUAAUGUACUAGCUAUGUCUUUAAACAUGGAUGUGACCAUGUGGUGUGUAAUUAUGAUUAUUUUAUUGUGAAAUGAGGAAUAUGCUCACAAGAUACUGCAUUGUUUUUAGCUUUUUUAUGUUUUACUGCUCUUCAGCUUUUUGAGGCUUGAGUUGCUCCGUAGCAAUACAAUAAGUAAAUUACUUACACCAAUCACCUUAACCAAUCAAGCUCGCUGUAGCGGUUAUGACACCAGGUGUGCCGUGGCCUAGUUUCCAAUAAAAAUAAUGGUGCAAACAGUUUUAGCAGCGGUUUGCAUCCUUACCGGGAUCCUCACUGGGGUGGGCUACAAUGCUUGCUGAUUGUUCAUCACUUUCAGCUUCAGCAGAGCCCCAGAAACUGGAAACCACAGCUUUCACCAUUCAUUGGCUGAGCGCAUCUGUAGACCGCUCUCAUACUACUUUAUCUUAUUUUAUUUCUACAUAACAUGCAAAUUAAAGGAAAGAUAACAUAGCCGAGAUAAACAUUAGAAAAAUAACUAACUAAUAGCCUGCACUGGUUACAUAAGAGAACAAUUGGGGUGGAACACACGCUAAAUGACUAUUGUGGCUUUGAGCCAAAGCGGGAUAUCAUUAACUCUGAGGAGGCUAACUAUUUAAAAUACUUGGUAGGGAGUGAUAAAGUACUGUUGGUUCAAUUAGUUGAGGCCCUAACUAUAGGGGGCCACGGUAGGGGCAGUGUACACCACUGUGCCUUUGAAUAGGCUAUACGUUUCCAGCAAUUAUCUAGGAGCAUGGAAUAAACCUUAAAACAUAAACAAGAAUAACUGCUACAAAAUAAAAGUUAAAAGGAACAUAUAGAGAAAAAUGCCAGGUGUAACUAAAGCCUGCGGUCUUCUUCCAGUACUCUGUCCCAGUCUCGGGACAAAAGAUACCAUAUUGUGGGGGUCCCAGGAGCAGGAUGGCACAGUUUGAGAUCUGGAGGAGCCACUAGGUCAGUCAUUGUAGCGAGAAACACUGUAACCUCUGCUACAGAGUUAAAUCUAUGACGUUUCCUGUGCUUUUGGAUCAGACCAGUGAGCUGUAUGUAGUUUUAAGGUAGCUCUGCUCGUGGAGUUCCACAUAGCGUGGAGCUGGUGAGGUCAGUAAAAAAGGACAGGUGGUGAGACUCAAAGGUAAACAGAGUUCUCCCUUGAAGGGCAGACAUCAGUUGACUUUUGUGCAGCACAGAGUGACCAUGGGUGAUGACAUUCCUGGGGUCAGAUGCAGGUCCUCAAAUGGAUCAUAGUCAAUUUAUUCUAUAUGCAUCAUUAAAAGUGAGCAGUUUAUCUUGCUGAGGUGGAAAGAUGGAGGCGACCAAACAUCUGGGUCUCCUCAGCCUCUACCAUGUCUGAAAAACGUUGUAUCUUAAUAUUGGGCCAUUUGCCCAUGUCAUCCAGAGAGUCCAAUCGAAGUGUCUGCUCUAUUGUGGAGUUUGCAGGUGGCAAUGUGAUUGUUGUAGCUUUGUCACCUCAUGGCAUAGUACAAGUUUUUCUUCUUCAUUGGCUUGCAUUCUGUCUGUGACCGCUUAAACCUCUGUUUUUAGACAGACUAAAGUCUGCAGCAAAUGGUGCUCAAAAAGAGCGAGCUUUGAAUAUCCCCCUUAGUGGCAGGUUUCUCGCUCAUUAGGCAAGCCAGGGAGGUAAGUAUUGGAGGUUUUGUGUCCAGGAAGGUAUGAUUUUCUGAGGCCAACUUUGGUCUUGAAAUUAAAGCUACAGUAGCGUCAUUAAUUGUCUCCUGUGACUCUGAUAUAAGAGACUAUUUUUAAACAAUUUAUCUCUAAAAUUCACAAUUUAAGUGUCUGGAAAUUUUAGUUGAUAAAUCAUUUGAAAGGUUAAUUUAAUCUAGGCUAUCAUCUGAUAACUUGAUGCACAUGAAGCAGGCGGCAGAGGUUGGCACAAUAGAAUAGGGUUAUUUACUAAACCGGAAAACAGGAAGAUGUGGUGAAUUAACAGGUUGUAAAAUAUAGGUUGGCUUUUUAGGUAGGGAUUUAGUUUUUUUUUUUUCUACCUACCUAAAAAGUGAGCCUAUAUUUUACAACAUGCUGCUAAUUUUUGUCUCCCCAAUCACCCCUACCCCACCUGCAGUUCUUCUGUUGCGUGUCGUCUCAAAUUGGCUACUUUUUUGACUUCUAGUUUUUAAAAAUGUAUAAUGCAUUCCUUCAAUAAGGCUCCAGGGUUAUUUUCUAUAAUCAUUAGAAAAUGGUUCAGAUUUAUUUUAAGCAACAUCAGUGAAAAUAAAUCUGUAUACUUUACAAGUCUACGAUCUCAAUGCAGUGUCCAUUCACUAGACUAAAACAUACAUGGUCUGGAGUGACCUGACACGUGGGACUAUCUGUCCAACAAUAUCGCCCCUCCCCCCCUCUAUAUGGAAUAUUUUUAUAAAAGGGGGAAAACUAAAUAUUGUCUGACAAACAGUCUCUUCAGAGCAUGUUCAUUAUUUCACAUCAUUAUGAGAAGAACUUUUGACCACCACUUAUGUGCAGUAAUUGGCCUAAUAGUGCAAGGUUUUGCUACUCCUAGUGAAUGGACACUGCAUUGAGACUUGCAGACCAAAUGGGGAGGAUCUUCUUUCAGCCCGCUGGCCCUCCCACCUGCUUGUGAAUUGAAAGUGAACCUCUGCAGAGAGUACACACAGGUCCUCUAACUUUUACAAUGUUUACAUUAUUAAACACUGCAACCGGUCUAUUGCUCAUUGUUUCAAAGCACUCUUACUGCUUGUAAUACACUCAUUUGCAGUGUACUUAGCACUGGCAGAGGUGGGGUGGGGGGGGAGACACACACUCUAAUAAUAUUAGCGAUAAUGUUCAUACAAUACUAAAACACAAAAUAACACACAAAUAAUUUAGAACCCUUUUGGGGUGUGUGUGUGUGUGUGUGUGUGUGUGUGUGUGUGUGUGUAAUGAUUUAGGCAGUAUAAUAGGCAGCAUACAAAUAAUCACAGAAAAGUGGACAUAAAUAACAAUGUUUCAAGUUGAACGGUCAGCUGGGUAACAAUGUAUUUUGAGUACAUUUAGAUGUGUCUUGUCGAACUGUUUGUGUGUUCUUGUGUGAGUAGAGCAAACAAUGUUGGGGGGCGGGAGGAAAAACAUGUUUGGGUAUUUGUUAAUAAGAACAACAAAUGCUGGACUGGAAUGUGCCCUCUACUUUGAGGAAAGCUCUCCUUUUUAGCACAAGGUAGGUCACUCCCCAAUGGUUUAUUUUGGCACUCAGACUCCACUAUCUCGGUGCUUAUUCACCCAUUUAUCGAUUGCCCUUCUGUGAGCUCUGUUUCUCGAAAACACCCAAUAACAGAAUGGCAAUGCCAACCAAUACACAUACACUUCCAUUUUUUUUCUUUACUAAAUCACCCAAUAGUGAUUUUGAUAUUUUGGCAUAAAAUUCUGAAAUCUAAUUGGCGUUACAACACAGUAGGAACCUUUCCUCUCCCUGCCCUUCUCUCCCCCUCCACCCCCCAUACUAUUUAAACUAAAUCUUUCAUUCUGGUUCUUGUUUCAUUUGCUGUUUAGUGAAUAAAUCCCUUGAUGCUAAAUGGUUAAUACAGAUUUGUAGCUUGCUGCAUUUCUUCCUCUUGUUCUGACUGCUGAAAACAAAGGGCUAUUAUAUAACCAACCACUUCCAACAUUUAACUGCUCGCUGGAAGGUGCAAUCUAGCUCCAACAGGUGUCUUGUGAUAUUAUUUGGCUUAGUAAAUAUUGACUAAUAUAUCUUUGUUACGUAUUCCAAUUAACCAUGGCAGAAUGGUCUAGGUGUUUUUUCCUUGCUUCCAUGAGCUGACCAGACUCUAUUUUCCAUCGAAUCUGGUCUAUAAGAAAGUGCAAUAUACUGUGAGCACCUCUUACAAGCUUGACUGAUUUCUGCAUUUGGUAUAGUGUUAGAAUAAGCUCAGUGGCCCUAUACGCUCAGCUAAAACAAGAAGGGAUUGUUCCUUAUCUGCAGCUGAUAUGUAUUAACUUUGACAGCUGUAAGACAAGGAGAAAGCACAUUUUUUUUUUUCCAGCAAUCCAACAUUUCAAGUUUCUCUCUUAAAGAUUCAGGUGGAUAUUCCAAACAAAAUAAACCAUUUAGUCACAAGGAGUCGCAGGUGUUCACAGUACAGGAGGAAUAUUAAUUGCUUUGACUCGAUUUUAACAAUUUGACAGAUAUUUUACUUGAAAGAAGCGGUUUUAUUGACUAGAACUCCCAUCCUAUUUGUAUGAUGGGAGUUGCAUUCCACAAUAGAUGGCAAGUGAGACAGUUUCCUCAAUCCAGUUUGAAUCCUGGAACAUAACACAUAGAUCUUUGCUUCUCUUACCUUUGAAGGACUAAUGGCUUGCCAGUUAUUUCGUGAUUAAAAGGGGGUUUGCCUUGCCUUUAGUCAAUAAGUAGUUAAUCCUAUUGUUGACCUUGUGGAAAGCAUUGACUAUUUGUAUCACAUUAUCUUCAAAUAUUAACUGUACAAAGAUUAAAAUUCAUAUCAAACUAUAGAAGGGAUCCAGCAAGAAUACAAAUAUUUCUAUGGAGCUGCUAUUAAAAUGAUAAAAUAAAAUCUAUAGGUUGAUCCUAUGCAUGUUCACCAUGGGAUGUAUUUUAAAACAAUAAGUCUUCUGAGUACUAGAACUCUUGUUUCUGACUGCCUCUCUGCUAUUUCCAACUGGAUGGCUGCUCACUUCCUUAAACUCAACCUGUCCAAAACAGAACUUCUAGUUUUUCCUCCUUCAAGUGCUGCUACUCCUGUGUCUGUCGCCAUCCAAGUCAACGGCGCUACUAUCACCUCUACCUCCCAGGCUCGCUGCCUGGGGGUUCUUUUUGAUUCUGAUCUCUCUUUUACUCCCCAUGUUCAAUCGAUAGCCAAAUCCUGUCGCUUCCAACUCAAGAACAUAGCGCGCAUCCGCCCAUAUCUAACGCCGGACGCGGCUAAGGUACUGGUUCAUGCUGUUGUUCUCUCUCGCCUUGACUAUUGCAAUCCCCUUCUCACCGGUCUUACAUGUUCCCAGCUUGCACCGCUGCAGUCUAUAAUGAAUACGGCUGCGAGGCUUAUUUUCCUGUCCGGUCGCACCUCCCACGCCUCCACGCUCUGUCAGUCCCUGCAUUGGCUUCCAGUUAGAUAUAGGGCCCAAUUCAAAAUUCUGGCGCUUGCUUACAAAUCCCUACAUAAUGCUGCUCCAACAUACCUAUCCUCCCUCAUACACAAGUAUGUCCCGUCGAGACCCCUCCUAUCCUCUGCCCGGAUCCCCACCUCUGAUGCUCGCCUUCAAGACUUCUCCAGGGCUGCACCUAUUCUGUGGAACUUCCUUCCCUCCUCAAUCAGACUUUCACCCAGCCUCCAUUCCUUCAAAAAAAUCUUUGAAAACUUCUUCAUUAAAGCGUAUCAGUUAAACUGUCAGCAGGUUUCUCAUCCCCCACCCCAUGACUCCGUUCCUUCACCUGUCAAAAAUGACCUACCAAGCACUCAAUAAACCCUUCUGUAACAAACUAUUUAAUUCCCCUACUUUAACCCUUUGUGUCACUAUACCCCACUCCCUCUAGCAUGUAAGCUCAUCGAGCAGGGCCCUCAACCCCCUCUGUUCCUGUACAUCAGUGGUCUGAUCUCAAUUAUGUGUCUGUUAGUCCACCCAUUGUACAGCGCUACGGAAUUUGUUGGCGCUAUAUAAAUAAUAAUAAUAAUACCUGUGAAGGAAAUAUUGGAACUUUUAUUCUCCCUAGCCUAUCUCUGAAGACAUUGCUGAUGCCACAGAAUAUAUUGGAAUGUUGGCAGAAAACAAUUACUGACUUUACAAUCCUCCCUCCACCUGUUGGUUUAGAAUAGUGUUCCACAUAUUUUUUUUAAAAAAAAUUUAAAACAUUUUUAAAUUAUAUAACGUUAGUCCUCAAUGUAAUUAAUUAUCUUUGUGCAUAAUUCAUCGUAAUAGUACACAGUGUAUGCUUUAUUCUUAAAGAACCAAACAAUGUCAAAGUGCUUGAGAAUAGUCGAGUGUAAGCAGUGUAGCUGCACUACCUCAAAGUGACACUACGUGAUGCAUAAUAGAAAUAGAGCACACGAACAACUGCAGUGAAUACGGUAUCUUCUAUAUACAAUCUGAAAUAGUUAAGAAUAAAUAUAUAUAUAUAUAUAUAUAUAAUUUUCAGACUAUCUGAUAACACUAAUGAGAAAAUACAGGAGUGUAUAGGAGAGCACUCGCAUGUACCAGAGCCCUAUCGCCUCUGGGUUUGAAUAGCUCCACUUGAGAGGGAUAUGUACCACCGCUUACAUCAGGACAGGUGUCUCCCUUCCAUUAGAUAUCAUUCCAGGAGCUUCUGUGCAGUAUAAGCGGAUAGAGCGGCAAGGACCCCAAAUUGAAUAAUAUCUUGGCACAAUUUAUUAAUAUCAAAGGUUAAAAACUCUUAAAGGACCACUAUAGUGCCAGGAAAACAUACUCAUUUUCCGGGCACUAUAGUGCCCUGAGGGUGCCCCCACCCUCAGGGUCCCCCUCCCGCCAGGCUCUGGGGAGAGGAAGGGGUUAAACACUUACCUUUCUCCAGCGCCGGGCGGGGAGCUUUCCUCCUCCUCCUCUCCUUCUUCCUAGCGAUGUCAUAGGCUGAAUGCGCGGCAGGAGCAGUGCGCGAAUUCAGCCAGUCUCAUAGGAAAGCAUUCAUAAUGCUUUCUUAUGGACGCUGGCAUCUUCUCACUGUGAUUUUCACAGUGAGAAGGACGCAAGCGCCUCUAGCGGCUGUCAAUGAGACAGCCACUUGAGGCUUUAGAGGCUGGAUUAACCCUCAGUGUAAACAUAGCAGUUUCUAUGAAACUGCUAUGUUUAUAAAAGAAAAAAAAGUUAAUUCUUUCUGGACCUGGCACCCAGACCACUUCAUUAAGCUGAAGUGGUCUGGGUGCCUAUAAUGGGUCCUUUAAGUGGUGGGUUUGCCAGCAAUACACCCACAACUCUGCAAGCAGAAACAAAAUAUACACAAACGGUAGCAGGGUUUGGUAACAGACUGGAUGUAAGGAGAUGAGAUAUCUAUCUAUUCUCCUUACAUCCAGUCUGUUACCAAAUCCUGUAAAUUCCACCUUAAAAACAUAGCUCGCAUUCACCCCUUUCUUACGCAAGAAAUAAACAUCUAUAUCUAUCCAAGAGGGCUGCAUACAUUAUAGGGUGCUGCCGGGGCCAAUAUAUACAAAAUACACAAUCCAGUGCACUCACUUAUUCAUGAAACAAUGAUUUCAAAUCUUACAGAUUGUAACCGUUUUUAUUGUAAAACACCUAACCUUGGCAAAAAAUAAUGGGGCUUUAGUUACGUUAUAUGACCAUAUAUUGCAUAAGCCUGCCACAACGUCAAUGUACCCCAUUCUUGGCAGGUCCUACUCGAACAGCCAAAUGUCUGCUCUUAUGAGAUUAAUCCACUUACUUGGGAAAUACUUCCUUACUGGGACUCUCUGCAAGUCAAGGCUAAAUAGUGUCCUGGAAUUGCAGAGUCCCAGGAGGAAGAAUUUCCCAAGUAAGUGGAUUAAUCUCAUAAGAGCAGGCACUAGGCUGUUCGAGUAGGACCUGCCAAGAAUGGGGUACAUUGACGUUGUGGCAGGCUUAUGCAAUAAAUGAUCAUGUAACUAAACCCCCAUUAUUUUUGCCUAGAUGAGGUGUUUUUAAAUAAAACUAUUACAAUCUGUGAGAUUUGAAAUCCAUUGUUUUGUGAUUUAAGCGAGUGCGCAGGAUUCUGUAUUUUGUCUCCCCCUCUCCUCCCUUUAAGGCCAAUUUAGCUGCACUGGAAAAUCAUUUAACGAAAAAUUCCAACAAAGUCCUCCUUACUGAAUGAAACAAAAUAGGGGACUACUUUAUCUCCAUAUUUUUCUCAUGUCUUACACCUUUUAGACACAGGGAUUUGGCUCAGUCUGUUGAAGAUCCCGCUGUCUCACAGGACCUUCCAUAGACCUCAAUGCUGUACCAUCGCGCAAGCACGAGAGUACAGCAGUGACAUCGGCUCCUGGCACUAAAACCCAGAAGACAAUGGCAGCACCCAUGAGGGACCGGUUUAGGUAAAUUAAACUCCCCUUUGCAAGCCCCAGUCGGCCACUGGACAGCCAGCGGAGAUUUGAUGAAUAGAGGGACAGCACCGGGGAACUCUGUUACUAUAAUCAAUUCAAUGAGGCGAAAGUGUCUCUUUAACAAAAUGUUUGCUGAAUCCGAAACUUUUAUUUGAAGUCCUUUUCAUUGAGGCCUUUUGUAAUGGCAUUAUUUCGGCAGUCUGUUGUCCCCCAUUAGGUAAAUUUCUGUGAAAUAACUUGUUCAUUUGUUACUAAACUGUACACUCAAGUUUGAAUUGCCAACUUUCUUUUUUUUUUUUUUUGUGUGUGUGUGGAUAUUUUGCCCCUAAUUUGAUUCACUGGGUAACACACUUGGUUUGUGUUUGUUUUUUUUUUUUUGGUUUUUUUGUUUUUUUUUUUUUUAUAUGUUCAGUUUUAAGUGUGGUGUGGGCUGUUAUUUUGUAAGUCAGUAAUAGUGAGGGUUUAAAUAUAUAUGUAUUUUAGAUAUUUGUGGCCAAAUGAAAUGGUGAAAACUGUAGUUAUCGAUAACUAUUAUGGGAAUACUGUAUGUGGUGUGGUUUGUUUUAGUUUUCUGUGCAAAUUACAGCAUUAACCCCUUAGGGACACAACUUCUGGAAUAAAAGGGAAUCAUGACGGACUAUCUCAGUCAUGUGUCCUUAAGGGGUUAAUGAUGCCUGAAAAUGUUCCCACCACUCGCAUUUCUGGGGCAAGUCAUGGGUAAAAAGAAAAUAGUAGCUGGGAGAGUGGAUGGAGUGAAAUGGUAAUUGAUGGAUACCCUGUUUUCCUGAAAAUAGGACAUCCCCAAAAAUAAGCAUUAGUUGAUAGUUAUCUAAUCUAUGGGAAGUUUCCCCGAACAUAGAUUCGCAAGAUUCCAUUCGCGCGUAAGCUCCUCUAUAUUUGGGAACGUUUCCCCGAACAUAGAUUCGCGGGAUUCCAUGCCCUAGUGAACUGGUCUAUGAUCGGUGGAGUUCCCCUGAAAGUAGACUUUCUUUCUAGCACAAAAUAAGACUUCCCCUGAAAAUAAGCCUUAAUGGGGGGGGGGACUUAAUGUAAGACCCGGUCUUAUUUUCGGGGAAAGACGGUAUAUAAUAUAAGGGACAGACUGUGCUGUACUUGGCAUUUAUUUAUAAUCCAUUUUUUUUUUUUUUUUUAUUCUUGUGGAGUGAGGCAUGUGUCCACUUCCUCAUGUCUUCAUAACUAGAACAAUAUUUACUAGAACCAAUCUGGUUUUAUUUAAAGUGGAAGUUCUUCUUUUGGUUGAAAUUGAGAUGGUUAGAUUAAUGUAAGUGGAAAUGUUAACUUUCUUUGGUUUCGCAAAUUCUCUAGCAGUGGGGUAAAGUAAACCAGAGACCAGACAGGAAAAAGCCCUUGGUAAUCUCUUGGUCAAGAACGCAUGGUGACUAUUUCAAAGAUCCACUUUUUUUCUGUUUACACUCUUCUACUGUAUAUCUGAAGAGUGAAUAGCAAUUUCUCAAUAUAAAUUUUAUUUAUUUUUCAACCUGUAAUCACAGUCUAUGAUGAAAUAGGGAUUUCUGGUUCCUCUUUGGUGUUUUUGAACUAGUUUUUGGUUUAAUGCAUUUAUUUUAUGAAAGGUUUAUAAAUGUUCCAUAUCUAUAUAUCUAUCACCAGCUAUCAAUUGAGAUGUCUUUGUCAUUCUCCUCCUUUACAACCAUCUACCUCAGUUUGUAGGUUUAACCAGUAGCUGGUAAUGCCACUCAUGUCAGAUUUUGGAACCUUUGCAAACGUUCAUUUAAUGUAUGCUGUAAAAAUCAAUACAUUCUUUGAAAAUUCCAAUGUAGUCACCAUGAAAUGAAAUGAGUCACUGUGCCAUGUGCAGCAUGACCCAAAAACGUCACAACAUUCUAGUAAAGAAAAAAAAAACAGGGUUUUUUGCUAAAGUGAGAAUUCAAAGUGAGUUUCAAAUUUAAGGCCAGAGUAGCUGAACUGAUAGCAGAGAUGACAUAAUUGUUUUGCAGUUUGGCUAUUUUGACUCUAAAGGAACACUAUAGCGUUAGGUGACUAGGGCCCCCUUCUGCGGCAAAUAAGUGGUUAACCAUUUAUUUGCUUACCUUAAUCCAGCGCCGUGCUCCCUUGGCACUGGUGACCCCUCCUCCUCCAUCGACGUCCGCUUCCGAGUGGAGCCGCAUGCACGGCCAGAGGCAUGCGCAUUCAAACCCGCCCAUAAGAAAGCAUUACUCAAUGCUUUCCUAUGAGGAUCUUUAUUGACACUGGACUCCGUAAGCACGUCCAGCGUCAAGUGUGACUUAGUGUAAAUCGCGGAAGCGGCCUCUAGUGGCUGUCAGGGAGACAGCCACUGGAGGCUGGAUUAAUCCUGCAGUGUAAACAUUGCAGUUUCUCUGAGACUAUGUUUUCAGCUGCAGGGUUAAAACUAGGGGGACCUGGCUCUCAGACCACUUCAUUGAGCUGAAGUGGUCUGGGUGCCUAUAGAGGUAUUUUAAAUUAAUUUUUGCAUCCACCUUCAAUUUACCCUUUAAAUGGAAAAUGGUGCUUUAAAAAAAAAAAGGAAAAUGCUUGGAUGAUUUGAGAAUGCCUAGUUCAUUGAAGGCAAAUCCGGACUAGAAUUUCCCUGAAGUUCAGUCAGCCAUAUGUAUCUGUAGUUCACAAUGUCUCGCAUGCCAAGAAUCGACCCAUUUCUAUUUACUAAUCACCAAUGUGAGUGGCUCACGCCACCAUAUCAAUUCUUGGGGCAUUCUAAAAAUGUUAGCCUCAAAAAGCCCCCCAAAAUCACUACAACUACUCGCAGCAGAUUCCAAACCCAUUCCACAUGUUUUGGAGUAAAGUUUUGUCACAAUGUUAAGCGCAUAAAACAGAGAAGGUUGCACCCAAGGGUGAUCAAAUAACCAGAUGCAUUUAACAGAACUUGGUCAUACUGAAGUCUUGAUAACAUUUAUUGUAUACAUCUGCUGGCACAAUGUAUAGAUAGAAUUAUUUUCACAUUAGAACAUUUCUUUAGACUAUAUUUAUUUAGCUCCUGCUUGUGGCAGUUCUAAAAAAGCUGAAUUUAAUAUUUUUUUAGAUUUCUCUGAAGAGCUAAUUGCUAUUAUGAUAUCUCCGGCUGCUACAGAAGCUCUGCCACCUGAAAAAAUAAAGCUGUACAUUAAUCAGCACCUCCCAAAAAGCAGUCUGUAUUUACACUUGUUUAUUUGAACCGUGCAAUUAAGAUUUUUAAUAACUUGUUUGCCCCCUACAUUUCCUGUCUAUUGUACCAUGGACAGAUUUCCCAGCAUACAUUCUCAUCCUCCUAAUAACUGCCAAAUAUGUUAUUUUUUGAUUUUUUUUUUUUGUCUUCUUGAAAAAUAUGUGCUUUUAUAAGACUGGCAUAAAUUUCACUUAACAUAUGUUGAUUUUUUUUUUUUUUUUUUUCAUUUUAAAUGCACAGAGGUAGAGACUGUUCAUGUUUUAAGGGAUGACAAAAUAGUUCUUUUUUAAUAAAUGCAAAAAAUAUCAUUAACAGUUUCAAUAUAAAAUCCAAACCUAUAUAUCAGUAUUAGAUAUAUUUACACCUCAUCACUCUCCUCCAUCCACCUUCCCCCAAGCACACUCUAUACAAAGAAAUACACUGAUACAUGUACUGUAGUAUGUAUCAAAACCCAAUUUGUUGGAUAACUCGCUGAUCACAAACUAAAGUGACCCUGAUCCGUGAAAUGGUUUUGCUUGAUUUGAAGAUUUCUGAAUUCCAGACAUUAUCCCAAAGUCUGUUAGACCUUUUAUCUCAUUAUAGACUGGGUUUAUUUAUUUUCUGUGGCAAGUCUAAAAUUGUGAACAUGAGGUUGUGUUACUUGAUGUCAGAGCUUGAAAGAUAGUUGGUACAAAUCCUUAAGAGCUGGUUAUCCUAAUAAGUGAUCGUUUCUUGCUCAUUCACACCAGAAAAUUCUAUUGCACAGUUGCCCAUGUACUCUCUCUACGUUGCCCUUCUGCAUUGUGAGCUAAUGCACCUAUGAAGAAAGCAAUACUGCUUUUUAAGUGGUGCAGUACGCACACAUAAACUGUCUGUCACUGUAGGGAUUGGCUUAUAUGCAUGGUGUGCUUGUCAAUGUAUGUAACGCAUCACAAAUCUAUAAAGUUUAAACCACAUUGCCAAUUAGUUGUAAUUUUAAAAAAAAAUUUUUUUUUUUUUUUUUAAAGGAACUGUCGCUUCCAAAACUUUAACACAACCAAUCAAUAUCUUAUUAAGAUAUGUAUCUAAACUGUAACCCGACCACAGGAAUGUAGUUUGAUUCUUGUGUUUCGUUUGGUCCCUUCGCAUUAAUAAACUUGUAUCUAAUCUUUAUCCCAAUCGUACAUAAAUCCUCUAUUGAGAAGGCAGAUUGUGCUGCACAUUGAAUCUUGACAACCUCCCUGGGGUACAUUCACUAAAUGGUGAAUAAAAACUUAAUGUAAAUAAAUUCAGUCCAUAUAGAGUUUGGGAAAAAUUCCUUCUAAUUUUUGGCUUCUUUGUGGUCUUUCUUUUUUCAAUUACCCACCUUUCAGUUCAGUAAGUAGAUAUUCCUGUUUAAUUUUUGUUUUGCUUCCACGUUCUCCAUCAUUGUGAGAUUUUAAGACUAUACUGGAUAACGCAGAAAUGUACACUUCACAUUGUUUACCUGGUUCAGAACUAAAAUUUCUGUAAAGGACCCGCACUGCCAGUGUCACUCACCAGGAUUCUUCCGGUGGAGAAUAAGGGCCCAGCAAAGUUUCCCUAAAGAAUUUAAAGCAUUUCAGAGACCACCAAAACAUUUCAUCAUUUUAUAUUCAACUUUUUGUACUGCCACACUCUCUCACUUCUGGUUUUCCCCAGACUUUAAGGAAAUCACACACACUAACUCCACAUUAGUCAAAUUGGCCUUUAUUCACGAACAGAACAUAGCAAUGUUUUGGUCCUCGGAGCUCUGGGAAUCCCAAAAAGUUAGUCCAGGAGAGAACUAAUGGUGCCAGAUUGUGAUGGUGAAUAAAGGCUAAUUUGAUCCACGGUCUGGUAUGCUGAUUACUUUCUAAAUAUUUGCCUAUACCUGUGAAUUGCUAUGUUACCUGCCGUUUUAGCUAAAAGCCAAAUACAAUGUUUUUCUUGGUUCAUAAGGGGCCACACUAUAUUUGAAUUAAGCGAAUGCUUUCCUCUUUACUGCACGUUGUAAAACUAUGAUCUACACUGCAAACCACAUGGUGAAUUGGCUGCGGUCAUCUGAUGCGAUCUGUUUGUAAAGCUCACAAUGGGCUUAAACAUUUUUGGAGCUUAUCCAUUAAAAACCAAAUCAUUGUCAUUAUACAGCUAAUUGCUAAAUUUGUGUUGGAGAAUAUUUCCAAUGUUUACCAUAGCCUAAAUUUUGCAGGAUGGUUUAGAACUUAGGUUUCCAUUUUAAUUAGCUUAGUAAAUAUGUGAUCCCAAAAUGACAAACUGCACCCUGUAAAACUACCAGCUCUUAAAGUAGUAAUUCUAGCAGAUUAAGUAUGUGUUCAGAUGAAAAGAAAAAGUGGCAGGAUUGCUUUAGUUUGGGGGGUGUUUUGUGUGUGUCGUGUGCGUUUAAAAAAAAAAAUAUAUAUAUAUAUAAAAAAAAUAUUUUAUUUAUUUUAUUUUUUAGACAUGCUUUUCAAAGACUUGCAUGAACCAAAAUCUCAACUGUGUGUGUGUGUGUGUGUGUGUGUGUGUGUGUAUAAUAUAUAUUUAUACAUAGUUUCUGGUGGAACUAGUUGAAGAAUUUGCUUUUGAUGUCAGGCAGCAGAGGGGUUAAUUAGUGCUUCUAUCUGUCCCUAAAUAGCAGGGUAGCAAGUAAAUUAAAAGAACACGGAUUACUGCCAAAGCAGUGUUACAUAUAUGUUGAGCGCAUAGACUGGAAGAAAUUUAAUCUGGAUUGUAAAAGAAUUUUUGCCACUGGUGUGGGAGCGAUUUUGAGGUGCAAGUAAUGACUAAACUCAAAAAAGCGAAGCAUUAAUACUCCAGGGCAUUCACAUGUCUCUAUCAACAUCCCAGAACUUCUGUUUUGAGGAUAUAAAUUAGAUUUCCUUAUUGGAACAGCUGACUUUUUCUGGAAAAUGCAAUUUAUUUAUGUAAUUAUUUAUUCUCACAAUUGUUCAUUAAGGGUUAAUGACACUGAAGGUUGAAUGUAAAUUGUUGCACAACAUAGCUAGACUUGUUCUGUGUUUAGUUUAAACUAUACCACAGUAUGUUAUGAGUCUUGCAAAUUCCUACGCUUAUAGCCCAAUGAAAUAUGAAAUCGGCCAAAAACAUUUGUCCUAUUUUCACCCAUGGUGUACAUGCAUAGUAUUUACUGUGGUCUGCCAAUCCAUCUCCUCUCUUGAAUGAGCAGCCAUUGUAUCAGACAGUUUGUGAACUGAGGCUGGACGUCCGAUUGGUUUCAGUAAUUAACAGGCUUAUUCAGUAAAGUGAAUUUGAAUUUCAAAUUUCAGGUCAAAAUAGCUAAACUCGAUGAAUGGAUAGCAUAGCGGACUGAUUUUUAUUUUUUCAGUUUAGCUAUUUUGACCUGAAAUUUUAAAUUCACUUUGAAUUCUCUCUUUAGUACAUAGCACUGUAAAUCUGUUUGUGUCAAACUCUAGCCAGGAGAGUCCUGGAUUUUGCAAAGGCAGCAUCUAUGUCCCAUAUUUGCUGCAUUAAAUUUAAAUAACUUCAGUUUUAAGAGUGUACCUUUUUAAUUAUUGUUUUUUCAAUAUUUACCUACUGCUUCUUGUCACACCUUGAAAUCUGUGGGGGGGGGUGUGUUUUUUUUUUUUAAAUUUUUUUUUUUAUUUUUUAUUUUUAACGAAGAUGAAGCUAGCACACUUGCAGUCUGUUAACCAUACUAGAGCAGUGAUUUGUGUUCAAGACCCAAACAGAGUUUCUGCCCAGUAUUUAGAAAAAACCCAUUGGCUGGAUUAGGUAUAUAAUGUAUCACGGUCUCAGGCUUGGUUUGACUCCGAGAGGAGAGCGGUGCUUUGCAGAAGUUAAUUCCGUACAUAUUCUGAUUUAAAUGAAGUGUAUUGAGCUAAUCUGCUGUGUGCAAGUGGGUCGUGGAACUAAGCAGAUAUACUAUUUGGAUACAGCAGAGAGAAAACUGCAAAAUAUGUCUUGUCUUAAAAUUCUAAACUGUCAUAAAGCAAUGCAAUUUGUUUUGAACUUUAGAUUUGCAGUGUCUUUGUUCUUUGAGAUACUAGGAUUUCUUUAGAAAUGGUUGUGAAAAUUGAUACAGGUAUUAAAGAAAAAAAAAGAGGGCAAAUGUUUGGGUUAUUUUUAUCUACGAACAUGGUCUUGUGUGUGGUUUUUUUUUUCUCCUCCAACCAAAAUAUUUUGUUUUAAUAAAAAGCAGGAGAAUACAGCGAGACAAGAAAUUGUCACAUUUGGGAGAAAGACACAAAAAAGAAACAAAUGUAAAAAUAUGAAUAAAAUAAUCUAAACAAGAAAAUGAAACUAUUUAGUCAGGUUAAAGCGUGGAGGUCUCCAAUGAAAUGUUGCACAGUCAGUAAGCCGAAAGGUUUUGUAAAGAAGAGCCCUGUGUCUUUAAAUACUUUGAUUGCCUGCCUGCCAUAGAAAAAGUUUUACAUUCCAAAUAGUUUUGUUUUUGUGUGUAACAUACACAAAAAUAUAUAUCUUGUAGUCUUAUGCUCAUAGCCAGUUCUUCCAUUAUUCGCCUCUGCAGGGGGUAAAUUUCUAUUGUCAGGGCUACAUUUUUCACUUUACAUUUUUUUUGCUAGUGGCGCAUGGAAAUCUUAAUGAUUUGACAUGGCAGGUUGAAUUUGCAGAAUAUGGUUGCCAAAAAUGAUUUGCAUUAAUUACACUUAAAAUUGUAACAUAUUUUGAUUUUACUUGCCUUUGUACAGCAAUACACAAGUCUACUCAUGGCUGGCUUUGUCCCCUUGGCUGUGACCUUGAUGAUCUCAGCCAAGCCAAUGCUUUCCCAUGGGCUUUUGUGCAUGCACAUUAAAAUGUACCGCAGCACCAAUCGGCAUCUCCUCAUAGAGGAUCAAUCAAUGCAUCUCUAUGGGGAACGUUCCGCGCCUCCAUGCAGAGCAUCCCUAGGCAGUAAUGUAAACACUGCCUUUUCUUACAUUUCUACAUUAAAUAAAGCAUGCAGGGACUGAGUUUACUCACCAUAACAAUUGCAUUAAGCUAUAGUUGUUCUGAUGACUAGUGCCACUUUAAAAAGAGGAAGAAAAAGACAAACACAUUAGUUGGCAAAGUCCAUACGAUGCCUUUAUUAAGGCACGUGGCAUGAGAUGUCUGCAGGCUGUAUUCCCUGGAAAUCCACUCUGAGAGUCUGUAAGACUGCUCUUUUGUCUUUCCAUGUGAAUUCAUUGAUUAUGAGCUCAUAUUGAAGCUUUUGUCUGUUCUGUAGAUGUUCACUUUAUUUUAUUUUUAAGUUCACAAGUGAGCUAAAAUCAGAGUGGGAUCCUCUUUCCAAAUCUGACGGAACCCACUGAUGAGAUGAGUCCAGACAGAUCUGCAGAACAGAUUCAAUUUAGCCACGCAAGAUCAUUUUAUUUUGGCCUCUUACAGGCCAAUACCUCUCUAUAAACGCAGCCCGCGAAGAAUCCACAUAUUUAUCCUUUACAUUAGUCUUCUAUCGAUUCCUUUGGUUUCCCCAAAAACUUAGAACUCUAAUAAUGGGUGAAAAGAUUUGUCCUGUGAUUUUAGUCCACACUUCAGUAGUCAACAUACAUGUUUAUUGUCUACUGUUUUGUGUAUUUCAGGGUAGACCUAUAAUGCCUUUGAUCUGCAUGGCGUAAUGUAAUCUCCCAAAAUGAUCCCAUGUCAACUAAAUUUUUCUGAACCAACAGAAAAGUCUCCACUUCAUAAUCUUAAAACUCUUAGAAUGUGUCUGCAUGUGUUUUAUGGUGUAAAUGUGUUUGUUUCACAUGUGAGACUUGUGUUCUAAAACACUACAUUUGUUUCUAUGGCGCUCUGAUCCAUGUUUUAUUAUACUUUUUUGUGUUCCACAAUGUCUGUUACUGGCAAACUGAUUUUACGCUCUGGGUGGUUUAACUGGUUCUUUUGUUUUCCACAGAACAUCAUGCUUCCCGAAUGCUUCUACUCCUUCUUUGACCUAAGAAAAGAAUUCAAGAAGUGCCUACCAGGAUCGGGUGACACAAGUGAACUGGACGUGGCAUCAAUGAUGAGCUGUAUCCUUUUGAAGGAUGUUGUAAAUAACACUGUAUUGGGAUGUGCAAGUACAAGAGAAAAAGUGAUCUUGUUUAUCUUGAGUAUUUCCUUUUGGUAUAUUUUUAUAGUGUGUUUUUUAGGAAGGGUAUAAAUAUUACAAACCUUGUUUCAUGAAUAGCAGGGUUAUUUACAAAAAAGUGAAUUUCAAAUUUAACUCCAGGGUAGCUGAACUAAAUGCCAAGCUGCCUUUUUUUUUUUUUCUGUUUAGAAUUUCCACCUUAAAUUUGAAAUGCACUUUGAAAUCACCUUGAUUUCUCACUUUACUGAAUAACCCUUAUAGUGUGAAUGUUGUUCUAUCAGCAACAAUAACCAUUUGCAGGCUCUGUUGCUAGAGAAUAAAAUAUCUGAAUACUAGACAGAGAUCAUAAAGGCAAAGUGAUAUGUAAUGAUAUUACUUCUUGCUGGGGUGGAAUCUUCAUGUAUCGUACAGGAGUGUCAUUGGCAAACUGAUAGGUGAAGCUGUAAUGAGAGUAAAUAUCUUCUUUGCUAUAUGUACUCUAUGGUAGAUAGACCACAACCCUCCCCAACCUAUCACCCCCGUCCACUUUUGAUUCCCUUAAGUUUGUAGUAUGUUUUUAGUUUUGAUAAUAUACUUGUUUAUCAUUCCAUUUUAAAGUUUAGUAUUAGUUUAAAUCCUGAUUUAGUGGUGUACCAAAGUGUGUUUGAUUCCAUAUUCAGACAGCAAGGCCACCGUUUGCCUAUUGGCUUUUAAUUUACGGUUUCUGGUUCACUGCCUGCUUACUUAGUUGUGUGUCCUGGAGAAAUGGCUGAUAACUAAAGUCUAAAUUGUUUUUAUAUUUUGGCCUCAAAUUAAAAAAUUGCUGUAAAUACCCAACUUAAUAAUUACCAAGGGAAUUUUGGCAGUGUUGGCCUCAUUUUCUUUCUGGCCAUUCACACUUUAAUGAAUAGUCUUGUAAGGCCUUAAACGGGGGGAAAUGCCCCAUGAGUGGAGUUUCAUUACAUGCAGAAGUUGUAUAGGUGAGAUAUUAUGUGGUUUAUUUUUUAUUUUUAUGGGACUCAAUAGUCACACCAAAACCACUCCAGCUCAAUGUCCUAGCAGUCUGAACACUGUGUAUACAGAGAAAAUGCAGUGUUCAGACUGCUGCCUAGUAAUACUUAUAGUAGCAGUCAAUCAGAUGGCCACUGUAGGUGCUUUCUAGUCCAGUACUGAUUUAAUGCAUCUCUGAGGAGAUGCUGAUUGGUGCAGCAUGGCGUUUUGUCGUGCAUGCGCUGCAGUCUCUUAAUGCUUUUCUAUUGGCUGACAUAAUCCGCAUUGAAGUAAGCCAUGAAAGCUGGGCCAGCUGUGGCGAGACCAGUGCACUGAGGGACAAGAAGUAAUCUCCCCUUUCUCAUUAAUGGGAAGGGGGGUGUAGGUCACCUAAAUAAUUAAAUAUAGUGUUCCUUUAACGUUUGACAGAACAACCACUUUUGCAAGAAUAUAUUUUGAGAAAAAGCAGCUCCGUCUCUUUCCCCAGGACACCGUGUUGAUUUUAUCAGCUUGUAACAGGAGUCCGAUCUUGCCACUCCUCUGUUGAUUCUUGAUAUAUAUUGACCUAUCCUGGCUCUAACAUCCUUGUCUAUUAACUUGCUUUGCAGGGUGUAUUUGUUUCUUAGACACACAUUACAUAGAAAGCUAGGGAUAUUUUUUUUUUUUUUUUUUACUCGUUACAAUAUUUAUUUCAUAACCUUUAAAACUAUUCUUUGCCAUCACAAAGGUGCAAUCUUUUACAGCACACCUUACGGUGAACCAGGUCUGGGAAUUACUAAAAAAUGACAUAGCUGCAGCAGGACCUUUCCUUUUUCUUUUUAACAUGCCUGUAGCUGUAGCAUUUGGGUAGUUUGGUUGUCCAGGACUAUCCUGGCAAUUUCCUUCAUUAAUCUGUAUGAGUAGAUUUUAACUGGCUAAUAUUGUGAAUGGCGUCUGAUGCAGCAUGAAUAGGCAUCUAAGUAUGAAUAUUGGGUACUAAUGGCAAGUAAUACGUCUUUUUUUGGUUUUUUUUCUGAAUAAACAGCCACUCUCCUUCCUUUGACGUCUGCAUUGAUGAUACUUGAUUGUAAUAAACAUUGCGUUGAACUCUACUCUGACACUCAUAAACUGGUUUUACAGCGAGAUUGUUUUGAGAUCACAUAAAGCUUAGGAUUCAUUUAGUUUUGCAUGUAGGUUGUUUUGUUUUAUUUAUUAUUUAUAGAUUUUCCUUUUCAUUCUUUCAGCAUAUUUUGUUAUAUGAUGUUAAGGGUCAGGUUGGUUAAUUUUUGUAUAUUGGUUAUAAUUGGGUGAAGGAUUGUACAGUCUCUACAACUCCCAUUGCCCUCAGGUAGUUGUAAAGCUGAUUGAAAGGACUUGAAGUAACCAAUAACAAGUCUCACAAAGCAGGAGUUUGCUGAGCUGAAAUGGAGAUAUUUUCACCAGAACAAAAUCUUCUGCUCUCACAAACUAUCUUUGUGAGUUUGUCUGACUUGUGUGGCCACUCCUGCAUUCUUACCUCUGGCAUUGUCCUGGAGCAAACUAACAUAUACAUCAAUACAGGUACUUGGAAGAUCUGUGUUCUGUGAGUUGCCAGUAAAAGCCGUGUGACAGAGUACUGUUGGUUUUGCUAUACUGCGCAUGGUUCCAAGCAUCCAGGAAAUUCUUUGUUCCUAGAACAGACAAUAGACAUCCUGGAAGUGCUGCAGUUUAAUUGAAUAGCCACGUGCCCUCCAUUCCAACAGUGCAAACCAUACUACAGCAAACUCAAACUAGCAACAACAAAAAAAGAGAAUCACAAACGCUGCUUACAGAGGCAGAGUUGAUGGUGGUUCUGCCGUUGUGUGUAUGUGGGUGGGCGUGCAAAAUGCUUAAUUUAAUUAAUCCUUCCUGGUUAUUUGCUCCUGUUACUUUUAUUAACUUUCAAAAGUUUGCUUUUGUUUUUUUGUAUUUGUUACAUUUUGAAAGUCCACUUGCUUUUGUGCCCCCAUAAUAUUUGGUUCUCCCUGAAAUGGUAAUCAUUUGUAUCUUAAGGAAGUAGAUGUGAAAUAUUAUAGUAAAAUGUGUUCAUGUACAGAGAACCCUCCUUAGAUCACAAGGUAUGUUUAUUUAAAAAAAAAAAAAAAUUGGUAUUUUCCCCUUUUUUCAUUUCAAGACACGUAACCCUCCAAAUAUCUUGACAGAUACCUUUUUGGAUUGCCAAUAGAUAACUCGGGUAGUUGUUCCAUAUAGAGUUAAACUAUUAAUUCAGAACACUCUGUAUUUGACGGUUUGUUAUUCUCGAUUCCUGACUUUGGCUUGUCUGGAUUCCUCUUUGUCAGCUGUCUGUACUGACCUAUUGACUUGUUUUACAGACUUCUCUGAUUUCUGGAUCCCCUGUCCCGAUUUAUGUUGUGCUCAGCCAUUAUAAAGUGUCUAGAUCAAACAACUCAAAAUUCCCCAUUUGAAAUGCCCUGGGUUGCCUACUUUUUAAAAUGAUUUGCCAUCAUGGAGGUAACUUUCUUUUCUGUGCUGCCAUACUGUCUCAAAGGUGACACAGAUGCCCUUUAAAAUUGUAAAAAGUUAUUUUCUAGGCCCAUUAUAUUUGGCCAUGUGACUUCCCCCAAAAAACUGGAAAACACGUAUAUGAGGGGGAGGGGGGGCUUUUGGGAGACACUUAUAAGUAAAAAUUUUGAGGCUUUAUUAUACAAACACACAUCAGGAUUGUGAUACGUCUUGUGAAUGUGGAAUGUUUGUGUGUGGAAAAAAAACACAAAGUACAACCACUAAAUAGGGCCAGCAUUUGUGAUAAAGUGGUCUCUCAAAAUACACCAUUUGGAAUACUCUGCGUUGCCUACUUCUUUAAAAAUGGUAUGCUCUAAUGGUGGAAAUGUAAUUACGUAGGCUACCAUACACUCUCUCCAAAGCGACAUAGGCUCAGAAAAUCAAAAAUCAAAUUUCCAUGUGUUAAGACUGAAAUGGGCAAGCCCUAUAUCUUACCCUGUAACUUUACAAAACCUCAUAAAACCUGUACAUAGAUGGUACUGUUGUACUUGUAAGACAUCACUGAAAACAAAAUUAGUGUUUUAGAGCAGUAAAACCUAAAAUGCUGAUGAUCUAAUCAAUUAAAGUGCAGUUUUGUUUUGUACACCAACUUUGGCCUUGGUUUCUGACUAAGAAUUUGGACAAUUGCCUCCGUCCUUAACGGGUUAAAUAAGCUAUAAUAGGAAAGCUUUCUCCUAUUCUGUUCCUUAUAGCAAAGUUACACAGCGUUCAGGGUGGUUCAGGGUGACCUGUUGUGUAACGUAGAUACACACAAGUAACUUUCUGCUGUCUGAAAUCCACGAUCCGGACAUGUGUUUGGGAAUGUUUUUUGGCUCCACUGCAGGUUUGCAGAUCACAUGAUACUCCUUUCUGUAUCCUAUUUUUCUACAGUUCAUACAUCCUGGAUGUAUUCCUUGUUUGUUUAGUGUGUUUCAGUUGCAAAUAUUCAGUGUGAGUUCCUCAUAGAACUGCUGAUAGAAAUGUCUGAUUAAUUUCUCCUUUAAUUCACAGUGUUGGCGUCUUUAAACAAUUAAAGAUUUUUUAGCACUGGACUUUAGCAAGUUGUUAUAUACUAUUCUGUCUGCAGGGUAACGUUUAUAGUAUGAGCUGGCACAGGACUGGUUUUCCAUUUAUCUUAAACUCACACUUUUAUUUGUCUUUCUUAAGGAAAAAACAGAUCUGAGCGUAUUCAUAAAUGCAAAUAGACAAUUUGUCAGGAUCUACAUAUUUAGAAUUUUCUGGGUAAGAUGGACUAUAAUGCAGUACAUUGGGAUUAUAGAAGGUCUUUGAGGAAGUCUGGUGUCGAAAUCUAAUGUUGACAAUAUACCUUCUGCAAAUCUGUAGAUUUUGUUUACAGUUUAGCUUGCAUUGUGUAAAUAUGAAAUGCUAUUCAGACUUACAGUAUAUAAUGUUGGAUUAUACUGUGGGUUUGUGUGUGUGUCUGUCUCUCAAAGUGAGUUUUUCAUUUGUCUUUCACAAUUCUAAGAGAAUUGUAAUCCUACAGUACUUGGUAAAAACAAAUUCUCGUUUUGAGAUUGGAUGCACAAAACCAAAUAGCCUUGUAAUCUUACACCACAUACACCUAUGUGUAUUUACAGCUUCAAGGUCGCUCAGACUUCAGCAAUGCUAAUGAGAGCAAGGUAAUAUUUGGCGAGCACAGUUUCCUACCCACAUUUCAUCUGGGAGUUCGGACAUUAAAAAAACAAUUUCAUGAGCGAGCACAAAUAUGUAGCAGCAAAGUACAUACUAACCACACAUGACAAAUCCGUGUAAUUCCUGCUUAAUAACAGACUUAAAGGACCACUAUAGUGCCAGGAAAACAAACUUUUUUUCCUGGCACUAUAGUGCCCUGAGGGUGCUCCCACUGGGAGGAAGGGGGUUAAUCCCUUACCUUUUUUUCCAGCGCCGGGCUCCCUCAGCGCUGGGGACUCUCCUCCUCCUUCUGACGUCAUCGGCUGAAUGCGCAUGUGCGGCAAGAGCCUUGCGCGCAUUCAGCCAGUACAUAGGAAAGCAUUUCUCAAUGCUUUCUUAUGGACGCUGGCGUCUUCUCACUGUGAAAAUCACAGUGAGAAUUGCGGAAGCGCCUCUAGCGGCUGUCAAUGAGACAGCCACUAGAGGCUGGAUUAACCCUAAAGUAAACAUAGCAGUUUCUCUGAAACUGCUAUAUUUACAGUAGAAAGGGUUAAACCUAGAUGGAACUGGCACCCAGAGCACUUCAUUAAGCUGAAGUGGUCUGGGUGCCUAUAGUGGUCCUUUUAACAGAAAAUGAUCCAGGUUAAAAAGUGAGGAGUUUGUUUACCUUUUACCUAAAAGAAUGGUUUCCUGUGAUCAUUUCUAAAGAUUUUUGUUUUUUUUGUUAGGGAACUGUUAUUACUUUUUUGCUUGUGUAGAUGUUGAUACUGCUGAGUGUGUUUGCGUUUAACAUAGGAAAUGGAUUUGAAGUGUAAAGGUAUUGAAAUAGUUAUCUCUAUUACGUACCUCCCAAGUGUCCCUGUUUAGGAGAGGCCGUUCCUAUUUUGGAACAUUUUUGUGAAAUCAGUCUGUGUAAAUAAAGAUACAUUGUUCUUGUUCUAAAUGACAUUUUAGUUGCAUAAACUAUAAAUUAUUAGCAAGUCAACUAACAUUUCUGAGAUUAGCCUCCCAUCUGUUUUCCCCCCACACUCACAUCCCUUAAAUGAAAUGUUUGGAGGUGUGCUAUAAUUUUUGGUUUUGCCCUUCUGUGCAUAUUGUUACGAUUUCCCCAAAAUACGCUUAAACCUACUUGAGGGAGGGGGGGGGUUAAAAACCGCUUUAUGUACAAAAGUAAACGGCUACGGAAAGGGUUAAUUGCAUGAUUAGGAUGGGAGGAACCGGGCACCUGUCAACAUGACCAUUCCUAUCUCUGUGCCAAGCCUGCUUAACUAGUUUAGUGUGUUUUACCCCUUGGGGCGAGGUGAAUGCGGUUUUGUGAGUUGCUCUGAGUGAUUCAUGCAGACGUAGUCCAGAAAACGCCUCUCCCUGAAGAGAGCUUUUUGAAAUGAGAUGUCUAUUAGUGUUUUUUCAUUUUUUUUUUUUUUUCUGCUUUUCUAAAUGGUGCGGAAACGGUUGUCCUGUGUUUUUAUUUUAACUACAUAAAUGAAACCCUAAAUUGUAUUUACCUGUAAUCACAUUCUUUAACUGCAUUGUGUUGCAGAAUAAUGCUGAACAUGCACAUUUAGCGUUUCCUUUAAAUUUCUUAAAAAGCACAUGUGCAGAGCUGUAUGUACAUUUCCCUUCGCUUUGUGUUUGUAUGGUACAUUUUAGAGUUGUGAGGGGUUCAUCUUGUUGUCUCCCUUUUGUGCUGAUAAGAAUAUACACUACAAUAUUCUCAUUUUAAGAGAAAUGUAUCUCACUGGAGAGAAGGGAAAUUUCUAAAUCUGGGUAACUUAAUGUGCAUGCCAAGAGAGCACCGCGCAUGCAUUAGGAUUUCCCCUAGCAAAGCAUCGACUCAAUGCUUUCCUACAGGAAUUUUUAAAUCUCAGUGAAACAGGAAGCUCAUCUAGUGGCUGUCUAGUAGACCGCCACUAGAAGCAGUCUUAACAUUCCAAUGUAAACAUUGCACUUUCUCCAAAACUGCAUUGUUUUACAUUGAGGGGCUAAGGGAACAGGGAAUCUUCACCCAGAUUAAUUCAAUAAGAUGAAGUGGUCUGGGUGCCUAUAGUGUCCCCUUGAUUGCACUUUUGCCACCUGCUAGUCAUGCAGAUCUUUCUUCACCCAGUUCAGAUUUAAUAUGAUUGCAAAAAGAGCUGGUUUUGUAAAAUCCUAAAAUAAUCUAUUUGUCUGCAUCAUUGCACAACUGAUAUAUUAUGAAUAGCAAUUAAUUAUGUGUUCAAGAUUUGCACGUAGUAACAAGUCACACCACAUACAGGAAAUAAAUGGUUGCAUUUCAAAUGAGGCACUGAUCAAAAGAGAGUAGGGGGGAAAAAAAAGUAUUAACUACUUGAUGACAUAACAUGCCAGGACUGUUAUGAUAAAAAGGUUAAUAGAAAUGGUUUAAAAUUAAUGCCACACGUGAUCAAUGGAGCUAACAGGGGAAUUUUGACUUGUCAAUAUAUGAUACGUCUGAAACAUUUACAUUUUAGAAAUUUUAAAUAAAUGUGGAUUAUAGAAGUAACAGCAAUUCUUGUGGCUCUACUUUUAUAAUUGACCAUAAUAUUUCAUUUGCACUUUAUAUCAUAACUCCGUUAAUUUCCCUGUUCUUGUUGACCACUUUUCCUACCAACUGGUCUUCUCAUGUCUAAUGCUUUGGGUGAUUGGUGCUAAAAGCUUCUAGUUUAAACUUCAUUCUAUUGUCUAUAGUUUACCUUUGCCAGAGUUAGAACAUUUUAUUUUCCCUAACAAAUGUUUCCAGACUUGGGUUUUGAAAAGCAAGAUUCACAGCAAGCAUAUGGUAUUUCAGAGGUGGAAGCUAUGGGAGAUAUCAUUGUAACACUAAUUUCAGAACCGUACAGUAAGUGCUUACUUUCAUAUUUAAUAUUUUCUGGAGUUAUAGGGAGGGUUGUGGCUGUUUUUUGUAUAAUUUUAUUCAUGACUUGUAUAACAUGCAAAAAUGUUUAGCGCACUCCUGGUAUGUGUCUUGGAGCGAGUUUGAAUAAUAAUUUAAAUUGCUGGCAAUUGUUCAGCUCAUCACUUUAGUAUAUUCAUUAAUUUUAAGACUAAUUCUGCUUUUAAGGGUCUGAAAUUCAUUUAUAGAUUAACUUGUUUAUUAAUGAAUUUCGGGUACUUCUAAACAACUUUCGGUCAUGAAAUGAUGGUGAUGGAAUUCGAUUAACUCAAGUCCCAAGAAGGUAAUUGUACUCCAAAAAUUAACGAAUAACAACUAGUUUUUUUCUCAAAUCUAAUGGUAAACCUCUUGGAUGAGUCCUGCACCUUACCUCCCCAAAACUCUUGGGUAUGAGAUCAGGACAAAGGGUGGGCAUUCCUCUAGGGUGUGUCAGUGACACCAGUUGUACCCAUGGAAAGGGUAUGCCAGGCAGCCAUGAAUGAAGUCUGGUCUCACUGAGUGCAGCGCAUGCUCAUGCGGUCGAAGCACUCUAUACAAUGGCUUACUGCAUAGUGUGAGUGCAUCACAUGAGGUGCUCGUGUUAUGCUGAUUGUGGACCUUUCUCUCUGUUUUGAAACACCAGGGAACCAAGCCAUUAUGGCGGAACCGGAGUUCAAAUAUGGGACAGUUUCGCUGGAUCUAGGAAAGUUGGUAUCUCUUAUGUACGGUCACUACCCCACUGAACAAUGAGUAUUUCAUAAAGAAACGAUUAUGGUUUACUCAUUAUAACUGUGUUGGAAUUUCUCUGAAGUUCCAGUCCGGUCAAGUGAUUGGGACUACUUUUUGUCUCAGUAUUUCUCCUACACCUGACACUUCUAGACUCUGGGGACAGCUACUGCUGUCUAGAAGUGUUAUUUCCCCCGGCUGCAGGGAACUGGCUUUAUCUAUGGAGGAUUCCGUGGUCUUGCAGGAUCCUCCAGAGACCUUAAUGCUGUACUCUUGCCCAUGCUCCUGGUGCUUCAAUGAAUAGGACACGCUGGAAGAAGAUGGCUGCACCUGCGAGGGACAGGUUCAGGCAAGUAGAACUUGCCUUUGCAAAUUCCAAAUUCUGUAAAGUCCCCAGAUGGUGACAGUGCCACAUUAACAAUAUAUCUUGCCACUUUUUUGCUAAAAUACGUAAUAAACACACUUCUGAAUCCCUUCAAACUAACACUUAAUGUGACACACAUGGGGUGGGUAGCAGCACUGUGUAACAUGGCUGCAUGAUACAAAAGAUAAUUAACCUCACAGAGCAUGGCUGCCAUCCAGUAGCAUUUUAAGUAUAUGUUCACAGCUAUGGCUAUAGUACUAAUUUACCAAAUCUAUGAAUAUAAUAACCCCAAAAUGUUACCGGCAUGCUGUUCCAAAUCCUUAUGCUGCUUUAAAAAGCAGGUUUAUGGUACAGUUUAAAUAGCCUUUUUAUUUUAUUAUUUAGACAGACAUAGGGCAUUGAGAGUGUGAAGAUGACUUUUUGGUUUUAGGCAUCAUGCAUUAACAUUUGAAGCUCCUAGUUUCCUAUAUAUGAAAAAAAAAUUUUUUUUUUUUUUUUUUAAUACAAACUUUAGCUUGAUGAAGUGGUUUUUGCGAAGAGUUUUUUUUACAAAAUGGAAAAAAAACAGAUUUUAAUAGAAAUUGGCACUUUUAAAAAUUUGUUGUACCCCCCACCCCCCCUGGCUGUCAGUCAGACAACUGGUCCUGUUACUUCCUGGUUGUUCAGCUCAGAGGAGACAAACUCAGUAGCAAUUGCACUAUUAAAUAGUGAAUCUGUUUGACAAAAUAUUAGCACAAUCCCGAACAUUUGGUUGAUUUACAUUUUUUUUUUAAAUUUUAAAUGUAUUUAUGUAUUUUUAUUUUAGAUCAUAGAUUUUCUGAUUCUGAACGCGUAAACUACAAAUUUGAAUCUGGCACCUGGUGAGUAAUGUAUCCAAACCUGUAUCUGUGAUGUUACUGCUGAGCUCAGUGCUGGAUUAGGGUACACAUUAAGAGGAGAAAGUGUUUAGUAAUUAAGAUCUGUUUAUUACAUAUUGUUCUAAAAGAAAAUAGUAGACACUCCCAUGUUCGUGAUUAGAUGGAUCCCUGCUAUUAUGGUAUAUCCUUGGCACCUGUUUAUUGUAUUGAAAUAUACUUAUGGUACAAACACAUUUGAUAAAGUUUUAAGUCUGUUAAGUUCUUUCUAUACAUUGUUAGCAGAAUUCCUAACAAAUGUUAGAUUGGAAGGGAAAAUAAGCACCUCAUUGGAUCACUUGACAGGCCAUUUAACACAAAUGACUUAUAGGGGAGUGUAUGACAACCCUCCUUGAUUUGGCUGGUGUCAGGAUAUGUUACAUAGGUCCCAGGCUCGAUGACCUCUAUCAACAGUAAGGAUGGAGAUAUGCUAUGACCUAUCUCUGCCUUUCCAUGUUAUGUCCCUUCCUAUCUACCCAUAGCAUGCUGCUCCCGAAUCUCAAUGAAAGCAGUGCUUUUUCAAUUGUCUAACAAGGUCUUCAAUGUGGUUCUGCCAUGAUACCCAACUAGUAGCAACCCCUAUUGGUACCACCACCUUUCAAUUUUUUAGGGUUACAGAGCCCUAUACAAAUAUUUUUUCUUUUCAUAUCAGGCUUUGAAAAGUAGAUGCCUGAUGUAAAAUUUAAAAAUAAUCUUCCUAACCCCUCCACUAUUUGUAAAAUUCCCACAUCUGGGGCUUUGGACUCAAAAGCCCCUCUUCCAGCAACGCCUUUGGCUAGAGAAGUUUGACUCGUAUCACUCUGUUAGAAUGCUAAUACGUUGGCUGUGAGGUCAGCAAGUCUGCACCGUGGGGGGGCAUUGCCAUGCAUUGGGAAUUUUCCCCAAGCAGGGUCAGUGAAGAAUUUGGACAAAAUGCAGAUAUGUCUGGAGGUGGGUGUUUGUUAUACCAUUACAAACACUAACAGAGCUGCAGCUAAGGUGUACUCACCAUGACCGGUUUUAUUUAAAAUGGCUACAAUCUCUAUUUUUUUUUUCUUGCCAACUGAAAGGAAAGUGGUAUUUUUCUCUCACUUUGCCAGAAUAAUUUGGGGGUAAAUAAUAUAUAUUUCUAAAAUGUUCACUUGUCGGCAUUCUACCAAUUAGGCUACCUUAGUUUAAGUAAGACUCACAGAAAUCCUUUUUCCCCUUAAAUGCUUCAUAUUGGAUGAGUUCUAUAGAACGCCAAGUGAAUAAACACGUUUGGCUGAAAAUUUGCAGAAAAUGCAUAAACUUUUCUAUUUCUGUUUUUGCUUAUAUUUAUUAUCUGUGUAAGAUGUCACAAAAUUGUCCCUGUUAUCCACUAGCUACCACAGGAGUUGGUUUUUCAGCGACACCACUGAUCUUAGUCUUACAAAUGACCGUUGUAAGCGAUCAGAUGUCCUGUAUGUGACAACCAUAUAGUAAUGGAAAACGUUCAUGCUAACUAAAGUUUAAUUCUGGGUUAUAUUUUCGUCUGGCCUUUUAUUCAACGGAUAGCACAGUAAUACCAAAAAGGACAUUUCAGCGCUGCUGAAAUCUUUUCUAAACUUUUGUCAACAUUCUGGACAAUGUGUUAAUUUGUUUCUGUAAAGAACUCUAAUUUUCUUCCGUAACCUAUAACUUUAACUUUAGCAUGGCUGUAAUUAAAUCUAGGCUACGUUGUACUGUUUACACAACCCAUUACUUUCCUUAAGACCUGUAAACGCAUUUCCCCAUUGUCCCUGACCUAUCAACCAUGCAACGGGAAUGCUUGUAUGUUGUUAAGCAAGAUAACACUUAGCUCUCACAGAUGACAAUGCUAUGAGAUCCCAGGGGGGGCAGCAUUGGCAAUCUCAUUCCACUAUUUAUAUACUUAUCUGGGUGGAGUGAUCUUUAUUUUUAUUUAUUUUUUAAACCGCUUCAUGAAAAGACCUAUUUUAAUCAUCACCUUUUAUGAAUUUUUAUCCCACAGCAGCAAACUGGAGAUAAUUGAUGAUAACACAAUCAUCCGUGCUAGAGGCUUGCCAUGGCAGUCUUCUGACCAGGACAUAGCUCGGUUCUUCAAAGGCCUUAACAUUGCAAAGUGAGUAUCUCUUUGAUUAUGGACUGGUUUUCCCUCUUGAAAACCUUUUCAGUGUUUUUUGUUUUUUUUGUAAUUUAUUGUGUGUGUGUUUGGUUUUUUUUGUUUUUGUUUUUUUCAAUUGAACAACCCUGGAAAAUCGGGCUUGUGUCUGGGGCACUAUGUGGAAGAUAAAAAAAUACACUGAGCAGACUUUUAUGUUUUUACUUUUACAUCUUCGUCUCAAGGUGCUGCCACAUUAGCUAUUUUGAUUUUUCAUGUAAUUGUAUAAUUAAAGAUUUUUGACAAUCUCACUCUCGUUGCCGAAUUUACACACAAAUUCAGUAUCAGUCAAUCUGUCCGUGGUUUGUUUUUUUUUUUUUUGCUUUUUUUGUGUACAUGUUCAAUUUCUCUGGUGGCAAUUGUGUAAAGGUAAUGUGGGUAUUAAAAUGAAAUCGGUGUGGCUUUGCCAAUUCAUCAUUAAGCUCUGUUGAUUCCCAUCACUGUAUAUAAGCAUCUUUUUCUUGGAAUUCUAAGUUCUCUAGUCUAGGCCAUAAGCAUCAUAUCUUUCUAUUUUCUUGAAACCUAGACCAUGAUUUUUCUAGGGCAGCGAUGGCUAUAGAGUAGAUCCACCCACCUCUCCCCCAAAUGUUGAAGGACUACAACUCCCAUUAUGCUUUGGCAGCUAACCAUUCUACCAGGAGUCUACCUUAUCGCAACACCUCUGGGGGAAAAAAAAACAAUGACCCAAAAACAGAAUUUGUGAUAUCAAUGUAGUAUCUUCACUUGCUUUCCUCAUUUUACAUGCUUGUUUUCAGUUGUGUCGGGAAACUAUAUCUGUCUGCCUUGUCUCUUCUGCUUUUCACGUUCUGCUGACAAUCUGGUGGAAGUAUAAAUAUACACUAACUGGUCUUGGUGCUAUGUGUACAGGGGUGGAGCGGCUCUUUGUCUCAAUGCUCAGGGUCGUAGGAAUGGAGAGGCACUUGUGAGGUUUGUAAGUGAAGAGCACAGAGAUCUGGCUUUGCAGCGACACAAGCAUCAUAUGGGGAACAGAUACAUAGAGGUAUAUAUAUAUUUUUGGAGUGUUUUGGGUUAACUAAUGAAUGGUUGUGCCAUACAGUUAUCAGAAUAUUGAAAUAAAACUUUGGUUUUUCUUUUUUGUUCCCCCCCUCCACCCUUCCUCAAUUCCCCAAACAAAUUUUAGGUGUAUAAAGCAACUGGAGAAGACUUUCUAAAAAUCGCUGGAGGUAAUGAUUUCAUUAUUCUCAAGACAUUGAGUUAUGACUACUUGAAAACACAGUUUAAAUGACACUUUAAAAAAAAAAAAAAAAAAAGUUACAUUUUUUUCCCUUAAAACCUCUAUUUUGGCCUAUUUUGUACCUCUGAUCCACUGUUAAAAUAUGACAUCUGGUACUAUGACUUGUGCUCAAAUUUUCACUAAACUCUUCAUCUGUAGAAUGAAAUGAAUGUGGGACAUGAUGGGUCCACUAUAAACAAAAAUAUUUUUAAUUUCUGUUAGAGCUUUUAUUGUUUGUAGUGUGUGAUUUUUUGCAAUUGACAUUUUCCAGUCCGAAAUCAUGCAUUUAUGUAAUAUCUGUGAUGCGGAAGGUCAGUCGAUAAUUACAUUUAAGUGUCAGUGUGUUUUUCUUAGGAAUGCCUAAAGGGCAAAAUUUAAGAAAAAAUUGCUGUGUGCAUGAUCAUGGUAUUUGCAGACACCGGGGGGGGAAAAAAAACUUGUCAAAGUUCUACAUUUCUCAGAUCCACUUAACAAUGACAUUGAAAUCAGACAACCUUUGAAAAAUACUUUCCAAAUCAAUAAAUGCUUCUCUACCUAGGCCCCAUUCAACUAGCUUCGAUGUAGAUCACCAAAUACAAUCCAAUUUAACAUUGUAUUUGCAUUGUGUCCUACUGGUCAUAGUUGAGCCUUUUGGGAUUUUUUAUUUAUUAAAUUGUAAAAAAAAAAAUUUGUAAAACCUUUUUUAUUUUAUUUAUAUCUAAUUCCUCUUUCAGGUACAUCCAAUGAGGUAGCUCUGUUUCUGUCAAAGGAGAAUCAGGUGAUCGUGCGUAUGCGUGGACUGCCAUUCACAGCAACUGCUGAAGAAGUGUUGACAUUUUUUGGGCAGCAUUGUCCUGUUACUGGAGGAAAGGAAGGGAUACUGUUUGUUACGUACCCUGAUGGCAGACCAACGGGAGAUGCUUUUGUGCUAUUUUCCUGUGAGGAAUAUGCUCAGAAUGCACUGAAAAAACAUAAGGACUUGCUGGGCAAAAGAUAUAUUGAACUUUUCAGAAGCACAGCAGCAGAGGUGCAACAGGUCAGUGAAUAGUCUGCUGUGUUCUAAAGCCACAACUGAGUCCUCAAUUGUAAUACUUUUGGAUACAUUUUGAAUGAUUGAAAAUAGAUGUAAUAGUUAAUGUUUUAAUGUAUAAAAUCAAAUGUAUCAUAAAAUAAAAAUAUUUUUCUUUUUUUUCUUUGAUAUAUUGUUGAAAAAAAAAUAUAUUCAAGUCAGAAAUGCAAUAAUAUUUUAUUCCUUAGUAAUUUGUAUUGGAUAUAGGAAAAUUAUUCUCUUGUGAGUUGUUUCUUUGGUCUUCCAUACGAAUUGUAGAUUUAUUUAACGAAUACUUUUAUAGUAUUAUCUUGUGGACCAGUGAUGGCAGAUUCUUGUUUAAUUACCAAUAUCUAGGUAUUUUAUUUUUGUAAAGUUUUUUUUUUUUUUUUAUUAAAUACAAGUGUAUGCUUCCAUAAGACUAGGUAUACAUAAAUCUUUAUUAAUUUUCUUACCUUCAGCCACGUUCUAGUUCACCCUUUUAUGGAAGCUGACAAAUGCUUCCUUCCUAUUCUAAAAACACUGUUUUAAUCUCACUUGACUUUAUUUGUAAAAUGAGGUAGCAUAUUUGCAAGUGCGUGUUUGUAUUGUAUUACAGAUGCAUCUUUCUCCAAAUAUGUAGGGGAGAGAAGUAUUUUGCCCAGUACAUCCUGUGUUGAUGCAAUUUAUCAUGUUCUUAUUCACAGGUACUGAACAGAUACUCCUCAGCACCACUCAUCCCACUCCAGACACCUCCUAUAAUCCCUGUACUACCUCAGCCCUUCAUUCCUCCAGUAAAUAUUAGGGACUGUAUCCGUCUACGAGGCCUUCCUUAUGCUGCUACCAUUGAAGAUAUUUUGGAGUUCCUGGGUGAAUUCUCUGCUGACAUACGAACACAUGGCGUGCACAUGGUGCUGAAUCAUCAAGUAAGUACCGAGUCCGCAGGACAGUUAAAUUAUUAUUUAAAUCAAACAGGAUUUUCAUGUUGAAACAUGACUUCUGAGUGCUGCUAAUUUGUCAUCAGCUAAAACAUUGAGCUUUCUAAAUACCCAUCUCCAAGUAGCAGCUGUUCUGAUUCCAGGAGCCCAAUUGCCAGUCCUGUGUGAAAUAAUUUUGGCCUACAGCAAACUGUUUCUUGAUUCCACACACCUAACUGUAUGCCUGGCUGACGAAUCUUACAGAUAUUUAAGGAUUCCAUUUUUGGAAUCUUCUCAUUGGAAAAUGCAGAACACGGCUUGGUAUAUUAUCUUUAUCGGGUUAGAAUUGUAAUAAUGUAAUUGUCGAAAAUAGGAAAUUUUUUAUUUUAUAAAAUGGUUUAUUGCUGCUGGACUGUUAUAAACUUGUACUAAACAAUAACGUAAACAUGACAGAAAAGGCUGACUCCAGAAUAGUUAAGUGGGACCGGCGGCUUUGGUUUUUUACCUUUCCCUAAGAUGAGUGCAUGUUUUGUGGUAAUUUUUAUUUUUUUUCCUGAUUAAGUCUACUACAAAUAUACAUGAAUGCAUAAAGCAGGUUUAAUCCUAUACCUGAUUACUAGGCAUUUUCUUUGGAUCAGAAACUUCUAAUAAUAUAACACUAUUCAGUGGUUUGCAACUUGAAUGGAUAGAAAAAAAACCCUUCUGUUCUUCCCCACCCCCUCUCCCUUUGCAAUAGAAAAACUAGAAUUCUCCAUUAUGCAGAUAAUUGCUCUGAGAUUAAAUCUCUCCAUUAAUUUCCCAUACCUAUCUCUCCAAUAAUCAAUAACGUACAUUUAUUCAGUGAACACAAAAUAAGGAUCUCUCUUACUUGAUGUCCUCCAGGGACUCAGUUGUUCUGUGCCGUAUGGACGUGUAAACACAUGUAGAAUAUUAUACUCUGUCAGAAUCUGAUACAUACUUAUCCCCUUCAGAGUCUAAUAUAUAGUGUAUAAGAGCAUACCUCUACUCACCCUGGGGUGGAAUUUCUAAAUGCUUAAAACUGCUUAGAAGCUUCAUAGAUUGAGGCUAAAGUUUAUGUCUGUAUGAAUUUACUUCAAUAGCAAGUGAUAUCAAGUUACCAGGACCAGAUUGCAUUUUAAGGAUAUGGUAACAAAUAUAUAUAUAUUAUAUAUAAGUUUUCAUUCUAUUUAUUUUGCUCGAAGCUAUAUCUAAUAUUACAUUUGGCAUUUCAAAUGUAAUGUUUUUGGUAGAAACUGUCCAGAGAAUGAUGGUUACACAGAUAAGCAAAUUGCUUGCAGUUCUGUAUUCACACUUUUAUUCUGUCUCUUAUCAAAUAUUGAUGAGUGAAGAGUAUGCCAAUGUAAUCAAGUAAAGCACUUUUUUUGGUGAAUGAUUUAAAGGGUGAACGUGUCGCCUUCCCAAAAAAUUAGUCCUCUAGCGUUUUUCUUAGUGCAGACAUUCAGAAGCCAAUAAAACCAUUGUUGGACUAGUAGGAUGAAUGACAUGUGCCUGUUACUUAAAUGGCUAACUAUAUUUCCAUGAAGAAUUAUUUUAAAAAAAUCUUAUGUUUCACAUUUUUGCAUCUUUAAAACUGCAAAAUUCUUACCUGCUUGACACUCAGCCGUCUGAUUUGUUCUGGUCUAGAAGGAUUAGAAAGCAUCCCCCACACUCACAUAUUCCACAUAAACUGCAUAGUAAUUGUUAAACUUUUGCCCUAGGGACGACCAUCAGGAGAUUCGUUUAUCCAGAUGAAAUCCGCAGAGCGAGCCUUUUUGGCAGCCCAGAAGUGUCAUAAGAAGACCAUGAAGGACAGAUAUGUGGAGGUGUUUCAGUGUUCUGCUGAGGAGAUGAACUUUGUCUUAAUGGGGGGAACUUUAAAUCGCAAUGGCUUGUCCCCGCCGCCAUGUAAGUUACCAUGUAAGUCUGGGUUGUGGGCCUUGCAGCUUCUCUCUGCUUUGAGCUGGUAGGUGCUGGAUCUGCUUUCUUUCUUGGUACUUGGUUUAUUAAGGGCAAAUUUGCUCUUGACAAGGGUUUAUUUUACUAUGUACCAAAUCAACGAAUGCAAUUCUUUUGGUGAAACAUUUCCAGACAUUAAUGGGAUGUCUGUGCUACCCUUUAAUCCUUUGCUAGAGGGGUGAGCAAUACCACAUUUCCCCCCCCCCCCCAAGACUGUUACAGGAGCGCUAUAGGCAUCUCCUGAAGCAGAGUGGUGACUCCAUAAUUUACCACUUUUUUACAUUUCUUUAAAAAUAAAAAAAUAAAAUAAAAAAAAAUAAACUUCACAGACUGCCUAAAUUGAGCACUGGUGCUAGCCGCUAGUAGUUUUAGUACACUUUAUUUUAUACUAUGUCCUUUCUAUUUUUUUUUUCUUUCUUGUACUUUGUGAGGAAUAUAUUCUAGAUAUGGUUAUAAAACAAUUUAUAGAAGGCCCUUUUUAUUGUUUUUAUAUAUUCCUUAAAGCAGUUUAUAAAGUAACAAUUCCAAUCUUAAAAAAAUAAUUCAAAACAUGUUUAGGGCUGCUAUGUAAUAGGACUGGUAAAAAGCCAAUGGUCUCUGUUUUUGCAUCAUGUGACUUGGCAGAAGUAAAAGCAUGCUGUAGUAACAGAUUUAAAAAAGUUGGUGUUAGAAUAUCGAGAUUUGGAAUAUUGAAAUCAUGACCGGGCGUGGGCGGGUCUAAAGGUUGGUGAUGUGUUGGAGAUGUCCAAAAUGGGUAAUCCGGUCUCGAAAGAGGGCAUGAUUGACCUCUUCUUUGGCCCUGCUAAGGCAGGGUUUUCUAAAAUCUGACCCUCCAGAUUUUGCUGAACUAAAACUCCCAUGAUUCUCUGGCUAUCAAUUUAAUUCAAAGAAUUAUGGGAGUUGUAGUUAAUCAACCUUUGGAGGUUUGACGUUUGGGGAACCCUGUACUAAGGCAAAAGAGCGCCGCUGAAGCAACGAAGGCUGAUUUAUUAAGGGCAAAUUUGCUCUUAGUCUUCUGCAUUGAUACCUUCUGGUAAAAAUGAGAGAUGUACAGAUGCCAACCAGGGAAAUAUUGGCAGCCUAAAUUUGAUAACCUAAGAAACAAAUUGGUAAUAAAGGAAGUUUUAAACAAACAUAAAGAUUAAUGUUCGUCUUUUUGCAUAUUCUCAGCCAUUUUUAUAUGCAAUCUUAACUGUUAAUGGGCAUCGUAACCUAUACCUCUGGUAUAGGUUAUUUCAAGGAGCUACCCGUUCUGUCCCUUCCCAUUUAAAAAAAAAAAAAAAAAAAAAAUCUAAAACACAAGAAUAAAAUGUAUGCUCCAUUCGAUAUGGAUGUCAAUGAGGAUCUCUGUCACACUGACACAUUAGCCUGUGCCCACCAGGGAGCACACACAGAAUAUGCUGGCUCCAUUUGGUAGGGUAUAAGUAAAAUGAUGCAGGCACUUUUCCGUGCACAGCACGAUGCCUGAUGUCCAAUUAUGUCUCUUCUGCCAUGUUGCAGCAGCUCAGAAAGAUUUAGCACAAAAUCAGACCUAGGGUGGAGAAGAGAUCUAGUGUUUCUAAGUGCAGAAACUGUGACUUACUGAUUGUAUGAGCUAUCUGCUUGCAGCCUGAAGCAAACCAGGCAUGAUCUGGAAAAAAUACAAUUUAAUAUGAAAAAUAUAAAUUUUAUAUAUAAAUUUAGCUUCUAUAAUUUUAUCUUUUAAAUCUAGUCCCUCUUCAACUCUUUGGCACUGAGAAGGUUAGGAUAUACCAUUCCGAUCAGAGUAACGAGGUCCGUUACACACUGGAAAGUCAUAUGUUAAUUCCUAAUUUUUUUUCCUCUGUUCCUUUAGGUUUGUCUCCGCCAUCCUAUGCAUUCCCUGCACCUGCCGCUGUUAUUCCUUCUGAAGCUGCAGCACUGUACCAGCCCUCCCUGCUCCUGAAUCCUCGAGGUUUGCAGCCAUCGGCCGCCUAUUACCCAGCUGGAGCUCAGUUGUUCAUGAACUACACAGCAUACUACCCCAGGUAACAGGGAUUUAAAUAAGGAGGGUUGAUCCAAAGUUGCUUAAACUGGCUGUCAUUUCCUAACCUCAAUUGUGUAAUAACUCCACUAUUAUUACAAGGAUCAGUUAAUUUAGGAAGGUUUUAAACAAUAUUGUCAAAUUGCAAAACAAUGGGCAAGAGCAGCUGUACUGGAGAAGUUCUUAUUCAGCCACGUUCCCUCUUUGCUAGUUUGGCUUUUAUUUGCAAUUUUGAUAAAUGCAGUGUUGAAUUUUUUUCCCUGCAUCUGAAUGCAUUGUGUUAUAUUGGCACAGGCGUAAUAUUAGUGCAUCACCAAUCGGAUUUGUGACUCGAUCCUGCUAUAAUGAUGUCCUGUAUCAGAUACAGGAUGGAAUGAACUUCUAUUGUGUUUCUCAAAAACUUUACUGUAGAUUGGAUUAGCUGUAUUGGUCCAGUAGACAAGAUGCCAAAAUACCAGAUUAUUUGCAGUAUGCUUAUUGACUCUCCUCUGUUUAUUUACUUUUUCUGGCUUUUCUCACCCAACCUAUACCUUUCGUUUUCAGGCACAUCUUCUGCUAUUUAUGACACCUCACACAUCCCCCUGCCUCCCUUUCUCUAACAUAAAGUUUAAGUCUAUCAGAUUGAUCAGUAUUGCUUCAGACCUGAGGAAGAGAGGACAACUCUUGAAAGCUUGUCCUUGAAAUAUUAUGUUAGUCCAAUAAAAAAAGUAUCAUUGCAUAGUGCAAUACUCUGGUAUUUUGGCAUCAAAAACUUUACAAAUAUUUGAUUUAUUAUGUCACCAGUGACAAAUCCCCUGAGACAGGGCCGGCCUUAGGGGUGUGCGAGCUGUGCGACCGCACAGGGCGCCAUGGAACAGGGGGCGCCCUGUGGCCGACACAGCUCACUCAUGGCCGGAGUGCAGGGGAGCUAAAAGAGGUACCUGGCUGGAGGAUUAAUUGUUCUCCACCCAGGUCUAUUUAAAAAAAAAAAAAAAUCGCGGCAGAGGGGGCGGGGUUUACCGAGCGGCGGAGGCGGGGCUUAUCGAGAGGCGGAGACGGGGCUAAUACCUCCCGAAGCCCCUGCUGUACAGGAAGAGGGAAAGAUGCUUCCCCAUCAGCCAACUGCAUCCACUGGAAAGAGGUAAGUGUGUGUGUGUGACUGUUUGCCUGUUUGUGUGACUGUCUGUGUGUGUGUGUGUGUGUGUGUGUGUCUGUCUGUCUGUGACUGCCUGCCUGUGUGCGUGUGACUGUCUGUGUGUGUGUGUGUGUGUGUGACUGUCUGUGUGACUGCCUGUCCUUGUGUGUGUGUGUGACUGUCUGUCUCUGUGUGUGUGUGUGACUGUCUCUGUGUGUGACUGUCUCUGUGUGUGACUGCCUGCCUGUGUGUGUGACUGUCUGUGUGUGUGACUGUCUGUCUGUGUGUGUGACUGCCUGUGUGUGUGACUGCCUGUAUGUGACUGCCUGCCUGUGUGUGUCUGUCUGUAACUAUCUGUCUGUGUGUGACUGCCUGCCUGUGUGUGUGACUUUCUAUCUGUGUGACUGCCUGCCUGUGUGUGUAUAACUGUCUAUGUGUGUGUUACUGUGUGUCUGUCUGUGUGUGUGACUGCCUAUGUGACUGUCUGUCUGUGUGUGUCGCUGUAGCUGUGCCAUUGUUUGUGCCUGUGCCUGUAUGUGUGACUGCCUUUAACUGAGUGUGUGUGUACAUGCCUGUAACCGAGUUUAAAUUUCCCCCACCCCUUCCUGUCAAGGCCGCACUUUGACUGACAGACGCUCACUCACUGACAGACGCACACUCACUGACAGACACACACUCUCAUAUACACUGACAAACAAUGACAUACACACAUACACUAUUACUUGGACACACACUGACAGAUGCACACUCUCACUGACAGACGCAAGCACUCACUGAAAGAUGCACGACUCCACUGACCGACACAUACACACUGACUGACACACACUCACUGACCGACACACACUCACUGACCGACACAUACACACUCACUGACCUCACUGACACACACUCACUGACGACACAUCACUGACGACACAUCACUGACGACACAUACACACUCACUGACUGACACAUACACACUCACUGACUGACACAUACACACUCACUGACUGACACAUAUACACUCACUGACCAACACACACAUUCACUCACAGACACACACACAUUCACUUACAGACACACACAAUUACACACUUACAGACACACACACACACACACACAUUCACUUCAAAAUAAACACUCACAGACACACACACAGACAUUUCCACUAACACUCACAAACUAAUAUUUUUUACAUUUAUUUUAAAUCCACCCAGCCUCCCUGGGAAAGCUGGAGUGGAUUUCUUACCAGCAGUCCAGUGUGGCUGCUGGGCAGGCAGGCAGGGGGCGCACAGGCUGAGUAAGCAGCGCUUAGUGAUGCCGGGAGCCGGACUGACGUCAUAUUCUGGCUCCCGGCUUCAUUAAGCGGCGCAGAGGAAGCUGAGCAGGAAGAGCUCAGGUGAGUAUGCUCCUUCGCUGCCCGCUGCCAGCCUUGGGGGGGCUCAAAAGUGGCCAGCCGGUCAGCUCUUGAGCCCCCCAGGAUGCGAGGCAAGCAAGGGAUCUGCCUGGGGGUUUGGAGGGAUGCUUUUUUUUGCCGCCCCCUGCAAAGUGGCGCCCAAGGCAGAUGCCUUGUUUGCCUCGUGAUACACACGUCCCCGGUGCCUGUGUGUGUUACUGUAUUCAGGCAACUUGGUGGGAGGUGGGGGGGGCGCCGUGAAGACUUUUUGCACAGGGCGCCUAAUUGCCUAAGGCCGGCCCUGCCCUGAGAACUCAAACAGUAAGUAUGGCUCACAUUUUUUUUUUCUCACUGCAACCAAACCUGCCAGCAGUAGGAGAUAAGAAAGUGGAAUGGGAUAGUCCAUUUUGGAACAUGUGCAAUGUUCCUCAUUGUGAGCAAGUGGUUGGAAAGGAGAUGAGGGCAAGCUUAAUCCCACCAUUCAUACAUCAUAAAUGCUGUCUUCAGGAUUUCUCCACUGGUUUUGAACAAACUCAUACUAUUGAUGGUGGAUCAGACACCUCCCCAUAAUAUGUAAUUUACUAUAUGUACACUAAAUUUACCAGCAAUGCAUCAUAAACCUUAUGAUACAGAGAAAAGCUUAACUUUGAUUUUCUUUUUCGUAUUCAUUUACUUGUAUUAAAGUUUGUUUUUUUGUUUACCAAUGAACAAUAAUGUUGGUAGUAAUAAUAAUUCUGAAAUUUAAAAAAAAAUGUCCAAAUCUAAAGCCAUUUGCAUAAUUUGGAUCCCCGUCCUUAAAUGGUUAAAUGAACACUCCAAGCACCAUCAUUUAGGGCAUGCUGUUAUGGUGCCCUCAAGGGGUAUGUAGACAAAUCGAUGCCAAAUCCUCUCAGCCAAUGAGCUCUUCCCUGGACAGUCGUGCUUAGCUUAGUGCAGAAUCUUCUGACUGCGGAGGUGAUAGCACAUUCCCAGCAGAUCCCUAGGUAUGUUGUCAAGGGUGUAGUACACUGCUCCCCAACACAGUCCUCGUGAACCACCAUCAGUCCAGGUUUUGUCACUUUCUCCAUUGGAAUUAAACUAGGAAAUACAUAAAUCCUGGACUGUUGGUUGUUUGUAGUGUUCCUCUAAAAAAAAAACCCCCCAAAAAAACAGAUUAAAAAAAUGUUUACAAAAUGUUAGUGUGUGUGCAGUUAAGACACACGCAUUAUUAAAAAAUCCUAAAAUACUGAACAGUGUUUAAUAUUAAGAAUACUUCUUUCUGUGUAUUUACAGCGAAUAUUUCUUAUAAUUUUUUUUAACCAUUUUACAUAAAGGCGGUGUGAAGGAGACUUUGUAAAAAAAUGUUAGCGAUUCUAAUCCAUUGUGUGGGUCACUGUAAUAUUGGUCCUAGAUAAAUUAUCAGAGAUCGUGGUGGUCUUGGACUGGCACACACAGAGGAUUUAUACAAUGUUGCUUAGGUGCUCGUCACAGAAGCCUGGGUAACCCAGUAGCUGUAGACUGCUAAUGAAUUGGCAAUUGAGGCAAUGCCACUCUCCUUAAAACCAUAUAUUUAAAUUCAAGGCCAUGGAAUGGCAAUAAGCAGUUAAUGGCAGAGCGAGCGGCAGUAAAUCUUUAGCAGUAAAAGCUUCUGUAAUGAGCAGACAUCCUUUGACCUGCUAAAUAAUUGCCCUGCAGUGAAAAUGCUUGUGUCCAAGGUCAGGUGUUCCUCUCCAAGGUCUGUAGCCUCCUAGCAGAGUUUGGAGGAAUGUCGCUUGUCUGUAGGAGGGAUGUGCUAGGGCUCAAUAGGACGGAAUGUUUUUUUCGGUGGUUGUUCGGGGAGUGGUUCUAUAAAGGGAAAUUCUCAGAUUUAGGUUAGCGCAAACUUUUAUAAAUGUUGAGGUAUAGAAAUGUACAUUUUUGACAACAUAUACCAAGUGGCGGUUUCAUAUAUUCUGCCUGUUCAUGAUAGUAGCAUGCAUAUUUCAUAUCCCAAACUUAUUCCAACUCGCUCACAAUUGUAGCAUUACUGUAGCUUUUACAGGUCUAAACAAGGAGAAACUUUGUUAAAAGGAUGACCUGGCUACCAAAUUAAAACUUCUGUUUAGUUUUAGGAGACAGGAGAGUAGCUCAGAGUGUGUAGACCUCUAAGGCUCCACAAUGGAAUAAGUGACAAUGGCAACAUGUAAUUGUCUGUAUUCAUAUUCAAGAAAAGUGUAUUUUUGUAUAUUUCGUAUAUCAGACUCUGAGCUUAGUAUUGCAAGUCACUAUUUGAUUUUUUUUUUUUUUUGCCCCUUCUUUCUAACAAACUUAAAGGGACAUACAUUAUUUUUAACCGUAGAUUCAGUCCCAAUCUUUUUUGUAAAAAUGUCUAAUUUAGUACAGGGACCUUUCUUCUUGCUGCCUCUUGAUCUGUCUUCAAUGAUGGCAUCAGCCAUGAUGAUCUAGGUCUAAUCUCAUGCUUUCUGCAGCAAACUGGACUUGUGAUUGAUUCAUUUAUUUGAAGUGGUCAUGGUGCCUGGAGUCUGUAUGUGCAGCUUUUCUCUUUGAAACCCUGCACAAAUAGAGAUUAACCCCCUCUGCUGGUGGAGGUGUAGCUCCACCUCAAGCACCAUCAUAGUGGUGUCUUCAGCCAGCCUGGAACUAGAGUUCUGGCAGGCCUAUGUUAUUUUUGUGCAAAACUGUACAUUUCAUGCCAGGACGCAAACCUGCUUGUGCCAGAUAGUCACUGGCGGCCCAACACUCCCACACCCCACCUGCCCCUUUCCUCCUUUAAGUCUGCUCUGCUUUGCCUUCUUCGCCCUCAGGCGAGGGGGGAAGUGAAAUCAAUGGACAAAGAACAAGCUGAGGUAGAUCAUCUUCUAAGCAUUUAAGAGAUUUUUUUUUUUAAGUUGAGGAGUUGAGCAGACCAGCAGGACAAGGGUUACUUUAACCAAAAAACAUUGUUUUAUGAAAACAGCGUGUUUUUGUUAUUAUUUUUAUUUGGGUUGAAGUGAGUCUUUUUUAAAACAGAACGGAAGUGGCAAUGGAAACUUUUUAUUUUAUAUUUUUAAUCCAUUUUAUUUCUAGAGUAUUUCUUUGUAUUAAAACGAUUCCAUUAAGGUGUAACUGUGCUGUUACUUUACAUAGCGAUAAACUCCAACAGAGGCCCAAUCCAUUCAUCAUUCCAACGGUUCAUACGAGUUGGUUAGGAUCCAGACAAUACAAAAAAAAAAAAAACAAUGUCUUAACGUUCUUUAGCCGACUGAGAUGCAUUCUUCACCCUUAAUAUUGCAAACAGUUAAGCCUUUUAUUUUCAUCAAGAAGUCAUGGUUUUAAAGUUGAAAAACGAAUAUUCUAUCCAAUUUACAGAGCUUAGAAAAUAGACCUUCUUCACUGAUUUAAAGCCAGGAAUCAGACGUUCUGUGCUCCACUUUGAUAGAAAGUCUGGUGUGAAAUGACCUGCUACUCUCAAUGCAGGAAAAAUCACCCAGGUGUCGAGUUUCCUAUCUGUGCUUCCCUUAACGCUUGCUUCAUUAUUUCUGAUCUGUCUCCUGACCAGCCAUUCAGAACAUAAAUCAACAAAGGCUACACUCCCUUUUUAAUUGUCAUGCAGCCCACGCCUGAGCUCCAGGGAUAAGUUACUUAUGACUAGUAAGCACCAUGUCUGCCACUGUCAUGUAGCCACAUGUUUGCUAAUUGCUUUGUUCUUUCUGUGCUUCUGUUAGUGAAACAUUAAAAAGCUAAAACUACACAGCCGCUAACAGAUCCAGUGUCUUACAUUUGUUACGUUUGGGUUGGUUGAAAAUGUACGUGGCUGCGGAAACACACAUUCUGUCACUCUGUGGUUAUUUGAUUAUUUUUUGUUUUAAAUGUAUUUAUUUGAUAUGGAUGGUUCCUUCUAAUUUCGUUAUUUUUUUUUAAAGGGAUACUAUGCCAAAACUCCCCUUCACCCCCAAGCAUGCAGGCCAGUGGUAGUUCUGUCGCUCAUAAGACUGUAUGGACAAAAAACUGAUUCCUUAAGCUGUCUUUUUUUUUUUUUUUUUUUUUAUUAUCAAUUUUGUUUUGGUCUUUGGUACCCCUUUUGAGGCCCUUAAUUAUGUGUUUGCAAGCAUUGUAUGCAUGAUAGUAUUUGUCUGUAUUUUUAUGUUUGUGUGUGGUGUGUUUUUUGUUUUUUUUAGUAGACCUUAAAACCUUGUUGACUGUAAAAAUUUGAGCAUGUAAUUUGUAAGUUACAGAAUUGGGUUUUCUGUUCUCUUGAUUUGUCAACUUAUGUCCUUCUUUGAAAGGACACUCUAAAAGACUCCUGAAAUACUUUAGCUUGUAGUGCUUUGUGUGAAGAGUGUGUGCCCUUUUUUGUAAAAUCGGUAGGAGGGGGAGGAAAGUGUCCCUUGAAAUUGGCACUUUUAUAAAUUAACCUUACGCCCCCCUGGCUGUCAAUCUGAUAAAUGAGCCAGUUACUUCCUGGUUGUUUCUCUCAGUGGAGUUAAACUCAAGAGGCAGGAAGUUGCCCAGAGCACCUGCCUUGCUAAGACUUCAUAUUGAUUGGACAACUGUAAACAAUCUGUGAUAUGGGGGGGGGGGAGAAAGGGGCUUGCAAAGGCUUCAGACAAGUGAUCUACAGGUUUUGCAAGCUGUUUUUAGAUAUACCCCUAAUGAAAAAAUGAGUAAUUAAAUGCAUGCAUGUUUCAGUUUAGCAUAUUUUUUACUAAACAGUUAUUUAAAAAAAUAAUAAUAAUUUUUGGCAGAGGAGUGUCUCUUUAACUGUCUUGGCCUGGUGCUCUGGCUUUGGCUGUGAAGGGUCUCCCCUAGAGCUGGCCAGAAGAUCAAUCUCCUUGCUCUGCCAUGAUCCCCCUCACUUUGUAAAGGUAGAAUUGUGGCCUGCACCAUUAUAGGGUGCAGACCACUUUAAGAGCUUCCUUGUGGUCCCCUAUGACUGAGUGCCAAAGUCGACAUUCGGUGUCAUCAAUUGAGUGAUGGAACCAUGAUGGAGCUCUUAAAGUGCUCUGUGCCCAAUUUUGUAGAAGACUACAAUGUUCCCACACUGUAUCACAUUGGGGGGAGGGGAGAAACUAUUAUGACCAGUUCCUUAGUCCUUCAUAACUUCACUGUGGAUGAGUAAGCACUGGUUCUUCUGGUUUUGAACAGAAACCUACAUACGUUUGUAGUUCAUCAGCUGACUAGUAAUUAAUAUAGCACUGGGCGUUUGUUCCUGAUGGGUUUUGUUUCUGAUAGUUGGUUUUGUUUUUGUUUUUUUCAGCCCACCUGGUUCUCCUAGCAGCAUUGGCUUCUUCCCAGCAGCUGCCAGCACUAGCGCAAUGCCUCCUCAUGGUGGAGCAGCUAUGGUGCGCAUGCAAGGACUGGCAUACAAUUCUGGCGUCAAAGAGAUUCUAAACUUCUUUCAAGGCUAUCAGGUAUAUGUGAUUUGUUAUAUGCUGAAAUUGGAUUAGACUAACAUGUUUGAAAAUGUUUUCGUGAGGGAAUGUGAAUAAAUUAUGAAGGCACACGAUGUAAAAUGUCUAAAAUGUUUUUUGUUUUUUUUUUAAAUACGUUUAACAGUACAAUGAACUAUGAAAUGUUGUGUGGUGGGUUAUUUGUUUGUUUGUUUUUUUUUGUGUGGCCAAGGUGUUAUCUUGCCAUUUGUCUAGGACUGGGGGAAUCAACCUCCAGCACUUCAUAUGUUGUGGACUUCAUCUCCCAUGAUGCUCUAUCAUGCUAGCUGAAGAUAAAGUCCACAACAUAUGGAGUGUUGAAGGUUGCCUUGGUGAAUGUGUGGCUGCACAGCCUCCUGAUUUUGGUAAUUAAUUGGCCACAAAGUACAUUAAAACAAAAAGCGAUGAUCUACUGUCUCUUCAAAGCCGUUUUCACACUGUUUACAAAAAGCUCCAUGCUUAAUAUGAAUGCAAUCCAUAAACUAUUUGUACAUUUACAGGAAAUUUAAAUCUGCAUUGAUUUGAUUGCUGAUUUAUUUGCAUUGCUAUUUGUGUGUCGGGAGGGGGAGGGGGAGUUCUUCUUCCCUUGACUGUUCAGUUGAAUAGUUUUUUAGGCAUAAACUGUGUUGCACUUUACAGGAGUUCUUACUCCACUGUGUUUUUUUUUUUUUUUAUUCAGUAUGCACCAGAAGAUGGUCUUCUGCAAGUAAAUGACCAAACAAGGGCCCUGCUUACUCACCCUAAGGAAUGGGUGUGUAUUUAGAGGACCUGCAAGUGUUUAGACAAGGUAUGGAAAAGCAAACACUAUUUUUUAAAAGAAAAAAAAAUAUUUUUUUAAUAUAAUUUGUAUUUUAUUGAAUUUUAUGCAAAAACAUUCACAUCAGAGUAUUGGUGUUAAGGAAAAAAAGUCACAUAACAUAAUGUAUGGGGCAUUGCAGGUGGGGUACUCUGUGCACACCACAAUUUUAAAUUAUUUUUUCCCCUGAUAUGGGGGUUUUGUUACACCUUAUUUGUACAGCGCUAUUAAAAAUAAAUAAAAAUGAUGAUAGACACAAGCUGCCUGCUUGCGCAUCCACCUUGUAUAUUGUUUGUGCAAAGUUUUAAAGUGUUUUUGAAUAGUGGGUGAGUCACAAGAUGUGGCAGUGAUGUGCCACAAUAUUUUAUAAACCCAUUAAAUGGCUGUAUUAAAAAAAAAAAAAAAAAAAAGUUAAGAAAAUCAUUUACUUUAAAGGGGGUUUCCUGUUGCCUAUUGUACUUCCUCGCUAGAUUUGAAAAUUACGUUGGUUAUAUUAACAUGUGGCAUUGCAGGUCUCCAAAAUGUUUAUAUGUAAAUGCAUUAAAUUUGUCGCACAUUUACAGGUAACAUUUUAACAUAGUUUUUAAUUUUAAUUUUUACCCUUUUUUUUUUUUUCCAUAUAGGUUCUAUAAGACUGAUUCUCUGUAGAUAUCUGACUUGCCAAACAAGCUUCCAAUACCAUACUUUAUUUUUUUGGGGGGGUUUUUUCUGACCAUUUACCGACCAAUCCAUGCAAGAAAAUUUGGAUGGCUAAAACAUUUUUGCGAAAAUCUCCAUCAGACAGUGUGACGUCUAUUACUUCUGGACCUAAAUGGGGAGCGGUCAGUCAACAGAGGAUCAAUUAAAUGGACACACCGAUCACUGUGUAGCCUGGGUAAUCCCCCUAGAUUAAAACUGUCCAUCAAAGUGCAUUGCAAGAUGGCGUUUAAAAGGGGCUAACUCAAAAUGACUUGAGAUCUAUUUAUGCAACUGACUAAAUUGUGAACUGUGCACUAGGAGCUUCUAUUGUGACACUGGUGCACGAUUUACCUUUCCAGGCAAAACAAACAAUGAAAUGCAAAGGCAUAUAAAUCGAUCUAGAAUUAUAUAUGAAACAAACUAGGUGUAAUAAAACCUUUUCUGAAUGUCCCUGCUAAUCCUUUUUCACUGUGCAAUUAAUUGUGUUCAUACAGAUUCUUUUUUUUUUUCUUCUAUUUGAGCUUUUAUUUGACUACCAGACCAAUUAAUUUUACUGCAUUUUUAGGUCUGGACUGCAAGUCAGUUUUUUUUUUUUUUCUUUUUUUUCUAAGCCUUGUGUAACCCUUGGAGUGUAAUUGGGUGUGUACAAAGCUUUUCUGUGACCCUCAAUUAUUUAGUGUUUUUUGGCAAAACACCCUAAUGCAUGCACCCCUCCCCCAUCCCCAAGAUACAUUCAUUACUGAAAUUGGACUCAUCUCAUUGUUUUGUUUUUUUUCUUACCUUUUGACUAUUAUUCUUUUCUCAAAAAACAAAAAAAUUACAAAAAAAAAUCAGUUUCUUGGAAAACUAAAAUAGUUUUACCUGUGAGUCUUCUACUGCUCGCACGAUAAUGCACUCUUUGUUUUGUCAUAAAUCCUUUGUUACAUUAUCUUUUUUAUGUAUUAAUGUGUAUAUAUUGACAAUAGCUUAUGAGCAGUGAAUUUAUUAUGUGAUGAAACUACUGCCUAUAGAUGGACUAAGUUCAAUUAAUUAUUGUCUUUGAACCUGCAUUAUUUAAAUAAUUUCAACCGUUGUCCACGGAGAUCUAAUAAGGUUUAAUGCCCAAAAGAUUAACUCUUCCAUCAGUGUAAAGUGUCUGGCUAAAGUGUUUCUCUUUUUUUUUUUUUUUUUAAACCACUAUGUUAAGUUUGUGCUAUGACGCAAAAUAAAUUGUUUAAAAUUAUCUAAAAUAGUUUGGCUUCCCUAUGCCUGUUCGAAGCACUCAAAUUUGGAUAUUGUAAAAUCCUUAAUCAGUGGUUUCAAGAUGGCUGUGCUUUAUUUUUAGACAAAAUAAAUUUUGGCAAAACUUGUGAUGUCGAACCAAUUCACAUUAAACUCCGUUUUGUUCUUGUUUUGUUUUAAACCGUGUAUAUAACUUUCCGAGAUGACUGUGUACCACGUGUUAAUGUGUUCCAAAUAAAUUCUUUAUGUGCUUAAGGAUGUGUUUAUAAGAUGCGGAUGUGUUCAUCUAAAAUGGGAGGGGUGGGGGAGUUGUCAGAUUGUGACUCUUUACCUGCCUGUAUCCUGUAGAGAAUUUAGGCGUUGUAGUUUAACAGCAGCAAGAAACUUCAAAUUUAAUAAUUGCAUUAAUGAGCAUAGCUACAAAAUACAACAUGCGAACACUAUCUUCGCCGGGCGGAAAAUUCGUGUGACGAGGUGAGCAUGCCGUGGUAUUUGUGCCAUAAAACAUAUUUCAGCUUGAUAGAAGAGACUGGGAAUUAUUUUUAUUUAAUUUGCUUGUUUUCUGCUGUGUUCAAUAUGCCAGUAGACCUAUGCAAAGCUCAAUUAAUAAUCCCAAUGAUAUAUUUUAUAUUCAACUGGAACGAACAUUCCAUAAUGAUGAUAGCACUAUAUUCGAUUAAUAAUGUGUAUGCUAAAAUGAUUGACUCAUUGGUAUUGGUUAGCCAAUCGGAAUCCGACUCUAACAGCCGGAAUACAGCGAUAACACCGUUAAAUGUCAAUUCAAUCCAUUCACAGCACUUGCAAAAUGAUGGCUUUAGACCAUUGCUCUCAAAUGCCCACCUCUCUGUUACUCUGUGUAGGUUACAUACACUCUUAAUGCAUGAAUUAAAUGCUUUAUUUUAUUUGAUCAUGUGGCCUUUGCAUGGUUAAUUGACAACCGUUCUAAUCACUGUGAAGAGUUACUGCAAACUAACCCUAAAACUGUCAAUAAUAUGUUUAUAAAUGUGUAGCAUUUUUCUGUUCAUCUUGUACAUAAAUAGGACCUCACGGGUCAUUUUGUAAAAUGUACUCAAGAUUAAGAUUUUAUUUUUAGUAUAGUUAUAUAAUUUUUU